AUGGCGGGCGUGACUGGCAUAGAUGGAGCUUUGCUGCACAGUGCACCCAGUGAAACAAGGAGCACGGCUUGGGCAUGUUAGGUGAACGCCGACCGUUUAGCGCUUCUAAUUCUGCUUCUUGCUCUUUUCCAGCUCUCCUUUAUGCAACUAUUUUUGGGAACGUCACCACAAUUUUCCAACAGAUGUACGCCAACACCAACCGCUACCAUGAGAUGCUGAACAAUGUGAGAGAUUUCUUAAAGUUGUACCAAGUCCCCAAAGGCCUUAGCGAACGAGUCAUGGAUUAUAUCGUCUCCACCUGGUCAAUGUCCAAAGGGAUCGACACAGAGAAGGUAUGAUAUUUGUGCAUUUGUGAGUGUGAGUGUGGUCACGUUAAGCCAAUGUGCAUUUUCAGAGCAGAAGGAGUGGUGUAACAAUUCAGAAUCCCAUUCUUAUUCAUUAAAUAAUGUUACUAUGAUGCAUACUUGUUUUUUUAAAAGGGUAGAAUGGUCUGUGUUCUGUACACCCAUGAUAGCAUGACACAAUUGCAGUAAUUGGCAUUAAAAUUAGUUGGCAACAGCCUGAGUUCGUUCGUUCGUUCGUUCCUUUUUUAAAAAAUCGACUUUCUAGUCCUUAAGACUGAGAAGGUAAGCUUCAAAGUGUAUGGGUAAUAUUUAGUAAAAUCACAGUAGGAUUUUCUCUAAAAAAUUCCAGCAGCUGGUCGUGCAAAGGGGCUUCAUAUUUCGUUACUCCCUCCUUGACUGGCAAAAGCAGAAUUAUGGAAGAUAAGCAAAGAUAUGCAAACUACUUAAGUGCAUAAUUAACUGGUACAGGUCGCAGCACCAAUCAUCUGAUGGGCAGAGCAAACACACUUCAAAGGGACUCUCCCUCAGUGUUCAUCAGCUGAUUGGUGCUGAGAGCAAGCCCAUUGGCUGCACUAGGGAGUUCCCAUGCGAUUGGCUGCACUAGGGAGUUCCAUGCAGGAGGAUGUGGUUUGGGGAAAACUGGUGUCAUGGGUCCUAUUAGGACACCACUUAGCCUAAUUACGCUAGUGCUUGAGGUCCCCCACCAUUGGGCUAAUGAAUAAAUGUGAAAGUCAGACUGAUUGGGGGGUUUUUUUGUUUUUUUUUACAAAUGGGUACAAAAUUCACUUAAUGAAAAUAAAUGGGGCACUAAAGCAAAAGAGAGAGAAAAAGAUAUUGCAUUCCCUAGUUUGUUGAACUUCUCAGGUACUGUUGCUUCUGCAAAAAUUGUUACUGCAUAGCAGAAGUUGGGUGGCGUUUGGUUCAGAACUCACUAUACUGAUCCUUUAAAAGAACAAUCUCUCUUUAAUAUCCUGAAUCCUUUUUCCUUUAUCAAAUUACUUUGCAUAUUUUUUCCUUUAGUGCCACUGCUUUGCUCCUGGUAGAUAUUAAGCCCUGCUUCUGGUUGUUUCUUCCUUCUUUGAAAUAUUGGAUUUCAUAUAUAUUCUCUGUGGCCUUUCUAAGUAUUGCCUUUUACUUCCCAGCUCCAUGAUGCUUAAACAAAUACAUCAGCGUAUUUAUCUUUUCUCAACCAUUGGAUAAGGUCGAUAACUGCAGUGCAAUAUGUAGCAGGAUUUUUCUUCUGCAAGUCUUGGGACCACAGGCCAUUUGUAGUCAAUGCCCUCCAAAUGGACUACAACUCCCAUCCCUUCCUGACCACUGCACUGGCCCUGCUGGCUGGGGCUGAUGGGAGUUGUAGUCCCCGGCAUCUGAAGAACAUUGUGUUGGUUAGCCCUGCCAUAAGCUCCUCCGCAUCUGCAGUCAGUGGAUGUCUCAAACAAGAAACUCAUCUCGAUCUGUGCAGUGGGAUUUAUUAUAUUAUAUAGCAUUCUUUACCCCAGCCUCACCUGCUACAUUGCAGGCAGUAAUGUCUUCCGUUAUGAGAAGUUUAAUUCCCUCCUUUACAAACCAAAUAAGAAAAGGAGUAGCGAAGAAUUGUAUAUCCCUGGGGGGUGGAAGGGGGGUGGAGAUGCUAUAUUUAAACCUUUGCAGCAAGGUUCCUAUGGCGACAGAAAAUGAUAAUCGUAUGGGCACGUGAGGGUUUAAAAAUAAUGGCUGUCCAAUACGUCACGGAGAAAGUGUGUCUUCUUAAAAUAGCACCUGGCUGUACGUUUGUCCAGAGGCAAGAGAGUCGGCGUGUGAGUUUUCGGUUUAGACUAGGUAGACCUGCAUUAGACUCAACACCUGAGCCAAAUGGGAUGCAGCCUUGUAGAUGCUCUGAUCUGUUUAAAACCUGUGCAAAUAGGAGGGCAAAAGCCCUGUAACACCAGUUGAGGAUACCAGGUGUGCUGUGUCUAUGCAGCAUCCUGCUUUAGUGUUGCAGGUUUGGCUCUUAGUCAUAAUACAGUAGCGGCCGGAUUCUCAGAGACUGGUAUUCAGACGUAAACUGCCUACAGCAGUGUAGGCAGCACAUAGGCGUCAGGUUCUCUGCGUAGCAGGACACCUGGGUUUUCUUUGCGUGGCUGCAAAUUGCGGGGUCUGGGUGAGAUGCAAAGGGUAGGCAUUUGGCAAGGGGGUUUGGGGUCUGGCAAGGGAGAGGGGGUAGGUGAGGGUGGCGAGCAGCAGCCCCUCAUAUAUCUGUGCAUUCUCAACAGGGAUCUGCAGCUUAUUCAGGCUCCUCAACAAGCAUACAUUGUUGUUGUUUAGUCGUUUAGUUGUGUCCGACUCUUCAUAACCCCAUGGACCAGAGCACGCCAGGCACUCCUGUCUUCCACUGCCUCCCACAGUUUGGUCAAACUCAUGCUGGUUGCUUCGAGAACACUGUCCAACCAUCUCGUCCUCUGUCGUCCCCUUCUCCUUGUGCCCUCCAUCUUUCCCAACAUCAGGGUCUUUUCCAGGGAGUCUUCUCUUCUCAUGAGGUGGCCAAAGUCUUGGAGCCUCAGCUUCACGAUCUGUCCUUCCAGUGAGCACUCAGGGCUGAUUUCCUUCAGAAUGGAUAGGUUUGAUCUUCUUGCAGUCCAUGGGAAAACCAUAGCUUUAACUAUACGGAUCUUUGUCGGCAAGGUGAUGUCUCUGCUUUUUAAGAUGCUGUCUAGGUUUGUCAUCGCCUUUCUCCCAAGGAGCAGGCGUCUUUUAAUUUCGUGGCUGCUGUCACCAUCUGCAGUGAUCAUGGAGCCCAAGAAAGUAAAAUCUCCCACUGCCUCCAUUUCUUCCCCUUCUAUUUGCCAGGAGGUGAUGGGACCAGUGGCCAUGAUCUUCGUUUUUUGGAUGUUGAGCUUCAGACCAUAUUUUGCGCUCUCCUCUUUCACCCUCAUUAAAAGAUUCUUUAAUUCCUUCUCACUUUCUGCCAUCAAGGUUGUGUCAUCUGCAUACAUAGGAGGACUCAAUUCUUUGCUAACAGAUGCUGGCUGCAUUCUCUUCCUUAAGUGUGCGCUUGACACGUCUUAAGAACGUAGUGCCUGAAGUGGCCCAGGCGAGUGCCAGAAAAGCACUCUUCAGAUAAGAUCUCUUAAGCGGCCAUAAUAAUAUUUACAGCAGUUCUUGGGAACGGGGGUGGGGUGGGGGAGAGGGGAAUACUCAUCUUGGAUUUAAAUUCCUUGGUUUUUAAUUGAAACGCACUUGACAGCAGUUGAAAAAUUAAUGGGUUACACGGGAAAAUAGGUCGUUACACAGAGAACUGCAAACAGUGGUUGCUCAGCCAACAUUUUCAAUUAAGGGAGCUCACUGCUAGCAACAAAACGUUACCAGAUAAAGAUUCUCCCACCCCUGCUUUGGGCUUCUUGAUUGCUGUCAGGCAGGGGAUGGGUCAGCAAACUUUUUCAGCAGGGGGGCUGGUCCGCUGUCCCUCAGACCUUGUGGGGGGGGCAGACUAUAUUUGGGGGGGAAAUGAACGAAUUCCUAUGCCCCACAAAUAACCCAGAGAUGCAUUUUAAAUAAAAGGACACAUUCUACUCAUGUAAAAACACGCUGAUUAAGGACCAUCCGUGGGCUGAAUUUAGAAGGCAAUUGGGCCAGAUCCGGCCCCCAGGCCUUAGUUUGCCUACCCAUGCUGUCUGGCUUUGGUGAUGCUAAGGUACAUAAAGAUGAAGGAUGGACUUUUCUGAAAAGCUUGAUGUGGAACACAUCUCCAGGGUCUUUCACCUCCAAUGCUCAUCUUGCUCCUUAAUUUACAUGAGAAGUGAAUCCACCCACAUCCCUGGGUUCCACUAAAAAUGUAAACAGUUUCUUGCGUACUACACAUAUCCCCCCCCCCCACAUAGCAUUAAAUGCAUAUGUACAUUAAUGCACAUAUGCAAUGUUGGUAAGAUGCUUUGAGUUGCCUGCGGCAAAAAAGUGACUAAUAAAUUUAAUCAAUAAAUGCUAAUAAAAUAUUUGAGACCUCUCCCUAAAGCUGGUGGGCAUUAUCAUUCAAAUGGUGUGCCUGUGUUGCGUCUUGUGAUCGUUUAUAUGUGGGUGGGGCUUAUCUUUCCCCCCAUAUUUUAUUCAAGUUGGCACCCUUGGGCAGUCACUAGUUCUCAGUCUAACUUACCUCGCUAGAUUGUUGUGAGGAUGAAACGGGGCGGGGGCGGGGAGAAGGGGGAAGAACCUUAUAUGACACCUUGUCCUCCCUGGCGGAAAGACGGGAUAUAAAUGUAAUAAUAGAUAUAAUUUGGGUUGCGGUUUCCAUUACUUUCUCCCCUGCCCCCAAUAAAAGUUUUCAUUGAUUUGCGCAAUUAAAGAAGGCGAAAAUACCUCUCUCCAGAAAUACAGCAGUCUUGACAAGCUCUACGUGAGAUUAUUCCAAUCAGAUCUAGUCAAGCGGUUCAUUAAACCAGGCUUUGUAUAUCGGGGUGCCAUUUCAGGUUUCGCGUGGGAGCAAAGUGGUUUCAGCCUGUUCUUGGAUCGACUCAGGAUUAAAUGGCAUCAAACACCCUGGUAUAUUUUAAGAGCAUUUAUGGCUGCUCCUUUAAUCUCAGAAUGAUUAUAUUGAUGAUAUUCACACCCAACAGUUCUGAGCCUUUGAGGCGGGUAACCAGUAUGCAACAUCUGCAGUUUGCUUAAAGCACAUUGGCAUUGGGAAAGGAGACAGAAAUGCUGGCUGUGUUCCCACAAAGAGCAGAGAAGAUGCUAAUUUGGGGCCUGCAAGCCCUCUAAGCGUCCCGAUUUUCCAGGGAUAAUCCUGGAAUUGCGAAAGCGCAUCUAGGCUUCUGAUUUGAUCCUGGGAAGCCCCUAUUUUCCCCAUCAGUGCCGUCGCCAGCGGAGGAUGAGCCGGCGCUGGCCCCAAGCAAUGGUGAUGGUGACCGAUUUUGAAGGGGUCCACAAUUUGCGGCACUCUGGAUGCAUACAACUGGACAAAUGGGGACCUUAUCCUAUAGAUGUGUGCAGAUGUAGGGAACCUUUGGCUCUCCAGAUGUGACAAUUCCCAUCAGCCCAGCAAGCAUGGCCCAUGGCUAGGGAUGAUGCGUGCUGUAGUUCUGCCACAUCUGGAGGGCCAAAGGUUUCCCAUCGCCUGGCAUAUAGCAUGCCACAUGGACAUGGGCUCGUCUCCAAUGGCUUUUGAGCACUUUCUAAUCCUAGAUCUCAUGUGAAAGCAAACAGAGGAUGCUGAUAACAACAACAACAACAACAACAACAAAUUUAUAGCCUGCUCAUCUGGCUGGGUUUCCCCAGCCACUCUGAGCAGCUUCCAACAAAAGAUUAAAAAUACAUUAAGACAUUAGUCAUUAAAAGCUUCCCUAAACAGGGCUGCCUUCAGCUGUCUUCUAAACAUGAGGUAGUUGUUUAUUUCUUUGACAUCUGAUGGGAGGGCGUUCCACAGGGCGGGCACCACUACCGAGAAGGCCCUCUGCCUGGUUCCCUGUAACCUCACUUCUCGCAGUGAGGGAACCACCAGAAGGCCCUCAGCGCUGGACCUUAUGUCCUUAUUACUUGAGUCUUAUGAAAAUGUGCGUAAGCAGAACAUAUGAAGGUUACGGGCCUAAUUUCAGCAUGUCCUGCAUUUAAAAAAAAAACAAAAUAAAAAAAAACUGGCUUACAAACUUAGGAAGGAUCAAUUCCUAUUCAAAAGAGACAGUGUCUGUUUUGCAACCCUGCUUUUAGCAUGGCCAAUUUUAUGGGGCUUGAAAGGACAAACACUUUCAGGGGAGUUGCCUGGCAUUAAUUACGCUGCCCCCAUCUCUCUCUCAUUAACUGCAUUUAACCAAUUCUGUAGCAUUUGCUAAGCCAUCCAGAAGGCAGACGGUGGAGACAAAAGGAAAUUGGGACAGGGCAAAGCCUUUUAGCAGAGGUUUGUCACUCUAGUACACAGCCCUAAUCUACAAAUGUCUUUGUGCUGGUCCUCCCAGCAAACCGUCCCACACCUUUCUUUUUAUCUUCCCUCUUCCCUGCUGAGCUCUUUUCAGCUGCUCUGGAAGCUUAUCUUAAACUGCCUGUGUUAAGAAAAUGCCAGAGGAAAAGGCAAACAAUAUGAGAUGCAUCUCCUUGGGGAUUUGAAGCUUGCUUUCUCAACAGAGGCAAAAUGGUAUCUCUUUUCCCCACCCCGCCAUGGAUUGUUUCCAGGUUUUCCUCCAACUACCACACACGUAUUGAUCCAUUUAGUCAAAGUGCAUUUACCAAAGCCUUAAAAUCGUCGUAUGUACUAAUAACAAACUCGGCCUGUUUAGAAGGAAAAUGAGGCCACUCCAUAAUAAGGUAGCAUUUCCCCCCACUAUACACACAGGGGACUUCUGAGUCGAAUGGAUCUCUCUCUUAUAUAGAGAGAUAGGUAGCUAUAAAAGAGGGACAAGGUAGACAAACAGAAUACAACAAUCAAUUGCUACUAGUUAUGAUGGUUGUGUACUUCCACCAAGAUCUAGGGGUGGGUGGAUCUGUCAUCCUUGUCCCCCCCCCCCCCCCGUUUCUCAUUUUAUCAAUCUAUAAUUCACUUUGAGAGCUGGACCAUAAAGAAGGCUGAUCGCCAAAGAAUGGAUGCUUUUGAAUUAUGGUGCUGGAGGAGACUCUUGAGAGUCCCAUGGACUGCAAGAAGAUCAAACCUCUCCAUUCUGAAGGAAAUCAGCCCUGAGUGCUCACUGGAAGGACAGAUCCUGAAGCUGAGGCUCCAAUACUUUGGCCACCUCAUGAGAAGAGAAGACUCCCUGGAAAAGACCCUGAUGUUGGGAAAGAUGGAGGGCACAAGGAGAAGGGGACGACAGAGGACGAGAUGGUUGGAUAGUGUUUUUGAAGCUACGAACAUGAGUUUGACCAAACUGCGGGAGGCAGUGGAAGACAGGAGUGCCUGGCGUGCUCUGGUCCAGGGGGUCACGAAGAGUCAGACACGACUAAACGACUAAACAACAACAACAAUUCACUUCUCUGUGUUUCUGCAGUAAUUUGCGAUUAUUAUUGUUAUUAUUUCAAAACUCCCAUGAAAAUUCAUCCGCAGUUCAUUGCAAAUGUCUCCUAAUUAACACUUUUUACUAACGUGCACAUUUUUGCAAUCAGUUCCCCCUAGCAUAAUGCAUCGCUGCCUAUUAUUUCCACUAAUAUCCUCACCCUUUCCCUAUACCUACACUUUUUUUUUUGGUCUGAGAACUGUAUUGCAAAAUUCAAAGAAGUGUGAAUUGCAAAGUAUGGCUGUGUUUCGAUCCUCGUCUUCUUUUGGAAAGUAUGAUUUAGGUAGGUUCGCCUUUAAACACAAGCUGAAUCGGAUUUCUUCACCAUCCUUUGCAGGUUCAGAGGCAUCAAUCCCUGGCCGUCAUGAGCAGGAAAAAGCUAUUGCGAUUCUGCUCUGCUUCUGGUUUCACAUUAGGCACCUGAUUAUCUGCUGGGGGUAGGUGGGAUUCUGAACUAGAAAGGCUGUUGAUCUGAUCUGUCAGGGCUCUUACUGUUUUUCUUGUGAUAGCUCUGGGGAUGAGGUUUCCACCACCUUCAGAGCGGCUUAUAUUUUGCACAUUUUCUGCAUGUACAAGGUACAGUCACUGACUAUGAUCAUUGUGCUUCAGAUUUGUUACAUGACAGCCUUUUUGAUAGCCUCAAUAACUGGUCUUUGAAAACCAUGCACUCCUAGUCUUCUGGAAUCGAGCAGCGAAGGAGCAAAGGCAGUAGCCGACUCGUUGUUGGUUGUUGCGAUGAAAUAGGAUUCCACUGGGUGAAAAGAGACGUCAUGCCGCAUGCUUAAUUCUGUAAUUUAGUAGAAAGCUAAUAACACCCCGGGUUGGGGAGAGCAUCUAUCCAAUACCCAGACAUUUAUGUGGUUCUUCAGUGGCGAAACAACUGCAGAGAGCAAUAGAGUGGUUAAAGACAGCAUCUUUCACUGGGUCAACCCCAGGGAUGCUGAGAGGCGUCCUUUCGAAAACAAUAUCAUUCACAGUUCACAUUAUCCACGUUAUUAGCUGAUAAUGUAUAGGAUAGAAAGGCUAAGAGGAAUCAAAACAGGAUUUUCUGGUUUUCUUUGAAGCAAGAGCACAGUGGUUUUGUGUCCUACUUUAAGGAGGACAUCUCUCUAUUUGAAAGUGCUGUCUGUUUGAAGGCAUACCCAGUCCAUGUCUGGUUUAAAGAUAAGGAAUUUAGUGAGUGGCGAUUGAGGCUGUGAAUCUACACAAGGAAUAGCUGGACCAUAGACCGAGCAGGUCACCUGGUUACAGCCUAUCCCACUAGGAUGUGAUGCUAUUAUUAUUAUUAUUAUUAUUAUUAUUAUUAUUAUUAUUAUUACAAUUUCCAUACCGCCCUUUAGCCAAAGAUCAUAGGGGGGGUUACAAUUUAGAAAGAAAAAGAUAUAUAACAUAGUAACAAACCAAAACAAUACCCCGCCCCCAGUUUAAAAGGCCAUAGAUUGUUUAAUUAGCCAAAGGCCUGAGAGAAGAGAUAUGCAAUGAAGGCACCAGGCGAGGUUCCCUGGGGAGAGCAUUCCACAAGCAAUGAGCCACCACAGAAAAAGCCCGUUUUUGUAUUCCUGCUGUCCGGACUUCUCAGGAAGGAGGCACAGAUGAGAAGAAGGGCCUCAGAUGAUUUUUUCAGGGUCCAGGUAGGUCAGGCAUAGGCAAGCUCCGGCCCUCCAGAUGUUUGGGACUACAAUUCCCAUCAUCCCUGACCACUGGUCCUGUUAGCUAGGGAUGAUGGGAAUUGUAGUCCCAAACAUCUGGAGGGCCGGAGUUUGCCUAUGCCUGAGGUAGGUUCAUAUGGGGGGGGGGAGCGGUGCUUGAGAUCUUGUGGUCCUGAGCCCUUUAAGGCUUUAUAGAUCAAAACCAGCACUUUGAGUUGGGACCAGCCAGUGCAAUCAGGCCAGGAUUGCUGUUAUAUGCUCAAACCAUCUAACCCCGGUGAGCAGCCUGGCCGUCAGAUUCUGCACAAGCUGGAGUUUCUAAACUGUCUUCAGAUGCAGCCCCAUAUAGUAAAGGUAAAGGGACCCCUGACCAUUAGAUCCAGUCAUGGCCAACUCUGGGGUUGCGGUGCUCAUGUCGCUUUAUUGGCCGAGGGAGCCAGCGUACAGCUUCCAGGUCAUGUGGCCAGCAUGACUAAGCCACUUCUGGCAAACCAGAGCAGCGCACGGAAACGCCGUUUACCUUCCCGCCGGAGUGGUACCUAUUUAUCUACUUGCGCUUUGACGUGCUUUCGAACUGCUAGGUUGGCAGGAACAGAGACCAAGCAACGGGAGCUCACCCCAUCGCGGGGAUUCGAACCGCUGACCUUCUGAUCGGCAAGCCCUAGGUUCUGUGGUUUGACCCACAGCGCCACCCGCGUCUCUAGAGCAUUGGUAGGUGUAUCUAAAAUUCACAGCAUAGAUGGGGAACUUGUGGUCCUUCAAAUACAGUGGUAUCUUGGUUCUCGAACGUAAUCCGUUCUGGAAGUCCAUUCGACUUCUGAAACAUUCGAAAGCCAAGGCACGGCUUCCGAUUGGCGCAGGCGCCCCGGAAACAAUAGCCGACAACCGCAUCGGGCAUUCGGCUUCCAAAAAAAGUUCGCAAACCAAGGCAUUUACUUACGGGUUUGCGGUGUUCGGGUUCCGAUUUGUUCCUCAACUAAGCCGUUUGAGAACCAAGGUUCCACUGCAUUACAAGACCAUAGCACCCAUCAUGGAUGACUACUGGCCAUGAUUUCCUGGUACUGAUGGGAGCCAGAGUCCAAGAACACCCAGAAGGUUACAUUUUCUCCUUCCUGGAUUAGAUAGUGGGAAGAACUUGGUGAAGUUGUCCCUUGCGUUGGGUCUGCACCCUCUUAGGUUGCUGGCAGGAAUGCACAUAGCUCUGAACUGCUCCCCCAAUGAGACAGAUUUUCCCCAUGCUGAAAACUAAGGAGAAGGCUAGGCUAGCAUCCCAGCCUAUGCAGAGAGUUCAAAGUAUGUGUGAUUCCCCUGGAGUAUAUUGAAUAACCCAGAUCAUCCCAGCCCAACUGUAAUGUUCACUCUACUCCACUCCACGCCACUGGUUAUGUGAAAGGAGGAUCCGGGGUUCAGAGUCCUUGCCUUUUUAAUUGAAGCAUACACUGUUUUCCACUUAUCUCUCCUGCUCCCUUUUGAAAAGCCAAAUCCAUUUCCAAAAACGGCAUUUUUUUAAAAAAUCAAGCACAUAUCCUGGGGCUAGGCCUUUGUUCCCUUGUUCUUUAGAGGGGCCACCUCUCUUUCUCUGCGUCUUCAGUUGGAGAUGGUUUAAGGCUGGCUGCGCAAAUAGAACCUUUUUGGCUUGUAACUUCGGUUAAUUACUGGAUUCUUCCUGAUGGAUUUAGCUGGCUUUUUUUCUUUGGCGCAGUGGAGGUCUCGCCUCCCCAACUGCUGGAGAACAUGAUGAAAGUGCCACUAUUGUAUCUACAAAAAGGAACGCCGUUUGCAGUGAUGACACUACUAAGAUAUCUGAGCACAUCAGGAUUCUUCCCUGCGCAUUCAUGCGCUCUCUCUCUCUCUCUCUCUCUCUCAACACACUAGAGCUCUUUAUGGGAGCAUGAAAAGGAUAACAAGAGCUGUUAACGGCCUUUCUUCAGUGAUAUUUUACAAUAUAAUCCUAAAUGCACUUCUCAGGGAGUAAGACAGCAAUGCAUUGCCCUUUGUGCAGGGCUGGGGUUUGACUGGGUGGAGUUGUCCCUCUGCCAGCCUUGCCAGCCUGUGUUGACAAUCCCACAGACCACCGCCUGUGGAGAGAUGCCAAUCUCAUUCCACCGUCAUUGACCUCCUGUUUCCUUCUGCCAAAUGGGCAGGUGGAAAUACAGUCAUACCUCGGGUUACAGACGCUUCGGGUUGCGCGAUUUUGGGUUGCGCACUGCACUGAACCUGGAAGUACCAGGACUGGUUACUUCCGGGUUUUGGUGCUUGCGCAUGUGCAGAAGCACCGAACUGCGACCCUUGUGUGCACACAUGCAGUGCUGCGGGUUGUGAACGCUGCGGGUUGUGAACGUGCUUCCCACAUGGAUCACGUUCGCAACCCGAGAGUCUACUGUAGAAUCAUAGAAUCGUAGAGUUGGAAGGGACCUCAAGGGUCCAAUAGUCCAACCCCCCACAAUGCAGGAAUCUCAGCUAAAGCAUCCAUGAUAGAUGGCCACCCAACCUCUGUUUAUAAACCUCCAAGGAAGGAGAGUCCACAACCUCCCGAGGGAGACCGUUCCACUGUCAAACAGCUCUUACUGUCAGAAAGUUCUUCCCGAUGUUUAGUCGGAUUCUCCUUUCUUGUAACUUGAAGCCGUUGGUUCGAGUCCAACUCUCCAGAGCAGGAGAAAACAGGCUAGUGCUGGUUUUCUGUGGCUUUCCAGGGGUGAGGAGGGCAUGGGGCUGAGCUGACCCCACUGCUGCCACAUAGUGGCUCUGGGCUCAAUCUCUGUGCCAGAGAUUCCACCAUGUGUGGAAGGGGUGAAGUUUAAGUGGUGGCCCCACAGCUCAAUAAAGCCCCAAGGUAGGACAGCUUUAUUGGUUCUCACCCUCAGUGAGCCAUGUUUGGGAUCGUUCUCUAAGCCCCACGGGACUUGGUGAGGCUUACUUUAUACUGGGCUGGAAGAAUCCCAGAAAUAAUAAUAAUAAUAAUAAUAAUAAUAAUAUAUAAUUUAUACCCCGCCCAUCUGGCUGGGUUUCCCCAGCCACUCUGGGAGGCUUCCAACAGAAUAUUAAAGUACAAUAAUCUAUUAAACAUUAAAAACUUCCAUAAACAGUAACCAAUUAAUUUUAUUCCAAAUAUCACUUUCCUGUUCCAUUGUACCUUCUACUCCCCAACUAUUCUCCAUCUCCUCAAUUGAGAUCUCCUUUAAUUUAUCCCCUACCUCCUUUGGGAUGAGCUCCCUUAACGGAGCCAUUUUAUCAUAAUACCUCAUUUUGGUAAGGGGAGAGAGAUCAGGAAAAAGCUCCCUUCUCCACUUCUCCCAUACUCAGAUGGACCCCAUAAAUGUUGAUAUUUUAUCUACUCCCCUUUUCCUUUUCCUCCUAUCAAAUAUUUGUAGAAUAGGAACCACAACUAAAGAAUCCCUGACAGAUGGCCAUCCAACCUCUGCUUAAAAACCUCCAGUGAAGGAGAGUACAUGAUCCUCCAAGGGAGUCUGUUCCACUGCCAAACAACUCUUACCCUUGUUUAAAUUGUGAAAUAUGGAUGACUUUGGAAGAUGGGGUUUGGAUUGAAUAGCUACUAACACCCUCUUCGGGCACUGUGCACGAGAUUUUAAAUCAGGGGUCGCCAACAUGGGGUGCAGAGGCAUCUCUGUGUUAGAAUUCCUGCUCCAUGAUUGAAGUCAUGGGAUUUUUGUCUUUCACAUGACGGUAUAUGUUUUGACUCCACUGAGUGGGAAGUGACAGAGACAGGAUGUUUGUGUUACUGUCUUCCGUGAAGUGGGACUAUUGUCCUUUGUUCUUUUUCUCUUUGCUGUUUGAUGCUAGAGAGGGAGCCAUGUUGCAAUGCUCCGUGUGUGUUUAUAUGUAAAUAAAGUAGAUUAGCCAAAAUGCUGAGUUGCUGAGGUGUGUUAUGCAACUGCACAAACUCUAAGGAUCCCCAAGUGUGCCGGUGUCAGUUGGCAUCGGUCGCUGUGAUGUUCGGGCAGAAGAAAGCUUUUGAAGCUCCUGAACGAUCGACCAGGAGGGAGGGAACAUGCCAGUCGGCCAUGUGUCUCUGCCAGGGUCCUACUCGAGUGUAUGCUGAACUCCUGACACUGUGCACCCUUAGAGGGUAUAUUCACCCAUCCCUAGCCGUGUCUCACCCCAUCCCAGAUGGCAAAUUUUAAUAACCGAUAUCAACAUGUGCAGAGCUUAACCCACCGAGAACAUCGAAAGAGAGUUCUUGAUUUGCUAAAAGGUUUCUGUUUGAUUAGAUUUCAUGUUUAUAGACUCCCCGUACGAAUGGCAUUAGGGUAAAGUGAUAAAUCAAAGAUAAACGAGCCUGUAGUCUUGUCUUCAGGAAGCCAAAUGUGGGGAAGAGAUUGGUGAUAAGGGCGCAGUGUGAAGACAUGUGAAGCUAAGUAAGCAGGUCUGGAACAAAGGCUUGUGCUCAAGUAUUUCUUCUGCCAUGAAUUCCAUGGCGUGAAUUUCAUUGCCAUAAAGGCAAGGUAGUGUAGUGGUUAGAGAGCUGGACUGUGACCUUGGAGACCAGGGUUUGAACCCCAACUCAGCCAUGAAAUUCAUUGGGUGCCCUUGGACAAGUCACUACCUCUCAGCCUAGCCUACCUCUCAGGGUUGUUUUGAGGAUAAAACAGGUGUGUGGGUGUGUGUGAGAGCCAGUGUGGUGUAGUGGUUAAGAGCGGUAGACUCGUAAUCUGGUGAACUGGGUUCGCGUCCCUGCUCCUCCACAUGCAGCUGCUGGGUGACCUUGGGCCAGUCACACUUCUCUGAAGUCUCUCAGCCCCACUCACCUCACAGAGUGUUUGUUGUGGGGGAGGAAGGGAAAGGAGAUUGUUGGCCGCUUUGAGACUCCUUAGGGUAGUGAUAAGGCGGGAUAUCAAAUCCAAACUCUUCUUCUUCUUCUUCUUCUGUGUGUGGGUGUGUAAAGUAUAUAUGUCACAUUGAGCCCCUGGGAGGAAAAGUAGGAUAUAAAUGUAAUAAACAGUAAUUCUUAUAAAUAUAAUAUAAUAUUAUUAUAGUAUAUUUAAUUAUAUAAUAAUAACAUAACUAUAAUACUGAUUAUUGUAUUAUAAUCAUAUUGUAUUAUAAUAAUACAAUAAUAUAAAUAUAAUAAUCUUUAUUCACGAGUUGGCCUGAGGCAAUCUACUUCUGCCAGCCUCAGUCUCCAUAUAUGCAAUAUGGGUACAGUAAUAUGGGCCUACAGCACAGGUGUGAUGUUGCUAAAAAUAUGUUGGCGAAACUCUUUGAAUGGUGUAGGGCACUAUAUAUACCUAAAGGAGAGUCUCCAACCCCAUUGUUCAGCGCAGACACUGAGUCCAGCUCUGAGGGCCUUCUGGCGGUUCCUUCACUGCGAGAAGUGAGGUUACAGGGAACCAGGCACAGAGCCUUCUCGGUAGUGGCGCCCUCCCUGUGGAACACCCUCCCGUCAGAUGUCAAGGAAAUAAACAGCUAUUUGACUUUUAGAAGACAUCUGAAGGCAGCCCUGUUUAGGGAAGUUGUUAAUGUUUGAUGGUUUGUUGUGCUUUUAAUUCUGUUGGGAGCCACCCAGAGUGGCUGGGAAACCCAGCCAGAUGGGCGGGGGUAUAAAUUAUUAUUAUGAUUAUGAUUAUGAUUAUGAUUAUGAUUAUGAUUAUUAUCAAUCACGGAUGGGGAAUCUCCACCCCAUCCAAUAUUGGCUUUUCCUUUUUCCUGUCACUGCCAUGUUUCCACUCUUUCCCCAGGUCCUUUCGAUUUGCCCCAAAGACAUGAGAGCAGAUAUCUGUGUACAUCUCAACCGGAAAGUUUUCAACGAGCACCCGGCCUUUCGGCUAGCUAGCGACGGAUGCUUGCGGGCCCUGGCAGUGGAGUUCCAGACAAUCCACUGUGCCCCCGGAGACCUCAUCUACCAUGCGGGGGAAAGCGUGGACGCCCUCUGCUUCGUCGUCUCGGGAUCCCUGGAAGUCAUACAGGAUGAUGAGGUGGUGGCUAUUUUAGGUAGGGCGGUUUCCUUUUCAUCAUCCCUUUUCAGUGGAAGCGCUUCACCACAGUGUGAAACCCGCUCCUGCGCAAGCCAACGGUGGCCGCCAUCUUGGAUGGCUUCAAAAGAGGAUUGGACAAAUUGUUGAAGGGUAGGGCUAUUGAUGGCUGCCAUACCCAGUGCUGGAUUUACAUAUAGGCUAAACACAUAGCUGUCAACUUUUCCCUUUUCUUCCGAGGAAUCCUAUUCGGAAUAAGGGAAUUUCCCUUUAAAAAAGGGAAACGUUGACAACUAUGGCUAAACAAGCUAUAGCUUAGGGCUCCACUCUCUUGGGGGGGGGCAAAAAAAUUAAAGGGAAAAAAACUGGAUGUACAUUUCCAAAAUAUAAGAUAAAAAACAAAUAAAAUAAACCUAUAUACAGCAACAAUGUUUGUGUUCUGUAGGCUCCUAUGAUGUAAGUAAUGGGCCCCACCUGCUAGCCUGCUCCCUAAAUUAUCACUGGUUUGCUCAUUUCUAUAUCAAUUACUUCGAUAAAAUACAUACAGUGGUACCUCAGGUUACAGACUCCGCUAACCCAGAAAUAGUACCUCGGGUUAAGAACUUUGCUUCAGGAUGAGAACAGAAAUUGUGCUCUGGCGGCACAGCGGCAGCAGGAGGCCCCAUUAGCUAAAGUGGUUCUUCAGGUUAAGAACAGUUUCAGGUUAAGAACGGACCUUCGGAACGAAUUAAGUACUUAACCUGAGGUACCACUGUAUUUUGUUACUUGCAAAUGGCUUUAGAUACCCAUUAGGUCCAUAAAUUACCAUAUAGCAUAUGUUCAACACAAAAAACAGCCACAAUUUGUUGUUGACAAAGGACAGCUGGACAUAUAAAGGGCCCCAUUACCUUCAGUAGCUUAGGGCCUCAUCAAACCUAAAUCCGGCCCUGGCCAUACUGUCCAACUUUUGGAGACUCAAACCAAGAUGUGCAUCUUCCAGGAUGUGCUCCCCCCGGCAAGAGCAUAGCAUGAGAGCUUGGCACCCAAAAUGGCCACCACAAUCUUGUGUGAAAAAAAUGGGAUGUCCUGUUUUUUCCCCAGGGCACUUGGCAGGUGUAGUGGAUCCACCUUUUACCACCAAUAAAUAGUGUGGUGGACUCACCCCACUAACUGCCCCCAAUUCUGUAUAGCUCACACACCUCACUGUAUGCCAAUUACGCAAAUUUCUACAAUUUACCACGGGCUAUCGUGGUAUGAGGGAAAAUUUAGAGAUUAGAGUCUCAAGCAUGAGUCGAUCAAACAAACAAGAAAAGUUUUAUUAAGCAAAGAGAAGUGGGGUUAGAAGUUGCGUACUGUCGGUUAAAGGUAAAAGUAAAGGACACCUGGACGGUUAAGUCCAGUCAAAGGUGACUAUGGGGUUGUGGCGCUCAUCUCGCUUUCAGGUUAAGGGAGCCAGCAUUUGUCCACAGACGGCUUUUCCAGGUCAUGUGGCCAGAAUGACUAAACUGCUUCUGGCGCAAUGGAACACCAUGACGGAAGCCAGAGCGCACGGAAACGCUGUUUCCCUUCCUGCCGCAGCAGUACCUAUUUAUCUACUUGCACUGGCGUGCUUUCAAACUGCUAGGUUGGCAGGAGCUGGGACAGAGCAAUGGGAGCUCACCCCGUUGCGUGGAUUCAAACUGUCAACCUUCCGAUCAGCAAGCCCAAGAGGCUCAGUGAUUUAGACCUCAGCGCCCUCUUCUGUGAAUCCCUGUAAUGGGGUGAACUCCCAUUGCUCUGUCCCAGCUGCUGUUCUGAUAGUCUUGUAUUUUGUGUGGCAUCCGAUUAUCAGAGGUAUACUGUGCUUGAAUAUGGAGGCUCCAUUUAGCCAGCAUUUCUAAGAACUGUUUAUCAUCCCUUUGCUCCCCAAGUCUGUCCAAUCCUUUUCUAAAGAUAUCUAAGUAAGGAGUUCCUUGGUGCACUUACGAUAGCAGAUUUAAAACAACAGUGUGACUUUCAGAGCUAGGAAAAACAGCAGGAACAGGGUCAGCCGGGUGUCUGGAAAUUAGUUGCUGAUUUCUAGUAAUUUGACAUAAUUUUCUAGCCGCGUGAAUACUAGCCGCAAAACGAUAUUAGAAUCAACAAAGAAAAAUUAACAAAAUAGGUGUUGGUUUCUUCCCUCCUCUUGCUUUAAUUUAGCAGCAAAGUUAAAUAUGUAGUAUACUUGGCUAUCGUAACCGAUCUCUAAUGUCGUUGUAAUGAAGUGUUGUCCUCCCUAGGGAACCAUGUUCACAGAGUGCAUCCCUCAGCUCAUCAGGCUCAGAUAAUAUUGUUCUGGAGCUUUGCCCACCAGAGUUAAACCCUUUAAGAUAUACACACAGAUGUGUGCACCCAGAGACGAAUAUGUGAAACACAAUCUAUUCUUUGAUAUAAACAUCUUGUAAAUGUAUAUAUAUAUUUCCCUUCCAGAUUCUUUAUCUGUUAGGACCCCUGUUACAAACCAAUUCCAGUUUUUAUCUCAUUUCCCCCCAUAAUACUGUUUUACUGUUUGCAUUUUCCUACACUAUUUAGAGAUUUAACAUAUGAAUGGUUUUAAAAGUUGUGUGUGUGUGUGUGUGUGUGUGUUGGAAAUUCGCUUGUCUGGACAACUCUUAAACUAUCAUAACCAAAUUUGCAUGACUCCUGAGAUGAGAAGAUUUUUGGUCAAUGUUUGGCUGCGAUUGGAUGCCAUGUCGAAUCAAGAUGGUGAACUGAACCUUUUAAAACUCCACUGAUUCCAAAACUGUGCUGGUUCUUUUUGGGGGAGGGUUUAGAAUUCCCGAGCAACACCCUGUACAAGAGUGGAAGUGUUUUAUAUUUGGAAAAGUUGUAAAUUGCUCUGGGAGUUCUUUAUUUUCCCCAUCAUGAUUUCACUUCUCCCCAUUUCAGCAUCAGUUUGAUUUUCUUUUCUUUUUUUGUAAGUCUGCACAAAAAAUUGAGUUUUCAUGCCUCCAAAUGCAUGCAAUUUGUACACAAUUUUGCAGACUAUGCACGUUUGCCAGCAAUUUCCCCUAAUGCAAUGCAUUUGUGUUCACCGCUAUAAGCAUUUUGUGGAUGCUUUCCCCCAAUAUAAACACUUCUGUAUGCAGUUUUUGGACAACUGCAUCACAAAAUUCAGAGAAGUGUGAAUUUCUGGGUGUUUCAUUUCGUAUAUUAGUUUGGAAAGUGUGCAUUAGAUACAUUAGUAUAAAAAUCAAAGUACAUUAAUUCCCUCCCACCCCAUUCCUACUCUUUACUCUCCCUGAAAAAUGGGGGUAAUUUUCACCCUGGAUCUGGGAAUACCCCUGUGUUGUCAAGGCCAUUACUUUACUGCUAGCUUUUUCUGCAAUGUCUGCUUUUGCAGAGCAAAUCUCAGGCACGGAAACAAUCUCAUCUCACUAGGUUCAGUGAUGUUGUAAACAAAACUGGGAUGGUGUCUAAACAAGAAUUACAGCAUAAGGAGAUUUGCAUUUGCCCCGGUAACAGUGUAUGCAGUUCCUUUCAUCUGGAAUCAGGAAAAGUAUUUUCUUUUGUUUUGCCAAUUAACUAGUUCUGAUCCACUGCUUGCAAAAUGGAGGUGGGCUCCCUGGCCAGUUUAUUUCCCUGCUAUAUACAACAAGGUUUGCGGUGUGUUUUUUUUACUGUUGGGCGAAUAAUCCAUUUUAUGUCAAAAUGCAGAACAGAGACCUGCAGAUUGAUGUAGCACACAAAGCACAGAACACGAUGCAAACUUCUAAAGCUUUCCAAUCCAGCACUGGGGAGCUUGCUUUUAAAUUGGCACCCAGGUGGUAUCUGGCACAUAAAAUGUCACUUACUAACAAGCAAUUCAUGAAGUAUUAGCAGGGAAGAUGCGGCAAAACAGGCAUGCGCAUUUGCCCUUGGUGACGGUGUUAUUGUCAGAGAUGGGAAACACUGUGAAUAAAAACCUCACAUUCAUUAAAAUAAUGUGCUCUUUGGGGGGAACGGUUUCCCGCUCCAAAUGUAAUUGACUCAGUUAACUAGAAACUAAGCCUGUGAACCAGAUUCAGCUGAGUUCCGAAGUCCCAAUCAAAUUGGACUGAUCUGGGGAGAUCUGACCAGGUUGAGCUAGUCCUGGAUUACCAUGGGUUGCAUGGCCCAGAGUGAUCUGGGGCUGUUAGAGGGCAGGACAUAGGAAGAAGCUAGACCCUCCAAGUGUCCCUAUUUUCCAGGGGCAGUCAUAGUUUUACAGAAGCUGCCCUGGUUUCUGAUUUGAUCCUGGAAUGUCUCAGUUUUCCUUAGAUUAAAGGAACCCCUGACCAUUAGGUCCAGUCGUGGCCGACUCUGGGGUUGCGGCGCUCAUCUCGCUUUACUGGCCAAGGGAGCUGGCGUACAGCUUCCGGGUCAUGUGGCCAGCAUGACUAAGUCGUUUCUGGCGAACCAGAGCAGUGCACAGAAACACCAUUUACCUUCCCACCAGAGUGCUACCUAUUUAUCUACUUGCACUUUGUGCUUUCAAACUGCUAGGUUGCCAGGAGCAGGGGCCGAGCAAUGGGAGCUCACCCCAUCGUGGGGAUUCGAACCGCCAACCUUCUGAUUGGCAAGUCCUAGACUCUGUGGUUUAACCCACGGCGCCACCCGCGUCCCUCAUUUUUCCUUAGGACGUCCCUAUUUUCAGUGCAGAAAUGUUGGAGGGUAUGGAGUUAUGCAACCUCCAAGCCAAGGAGAUAAAUAAACAUACAGUGGUACCUUGCUUCCCGAAUGGCUUAGUUGUUGAACAAAUCAGCUCCCGAAUGCUGCAAACCUGGAAGUAAGUGUUCCAGUUUGCGAAUGUUAUUCGGAAGCCGAAUGUCCGAUGGUGGCUUCUGCAGCUUCCAAUUGAGUGCAGGAAGCUUCUGCAGCCAAUCAGAAGCUGCGCCUUGGUUUUCAAACGGUUUUGGGAGUCGGACGGACUCCUGGAACGGAUUAAGCUGAAGAACCAAGGUACCAUUGUACAACCAUUAGAAGACAUCUGAAGAUAGGGAAGUUUUUUUAAUGUUUAAUGUUUUACUGUGUUUUAUAUAUGUGAGAAACUGCCCAGAGUGGCUGGGGCAACCCAAUCAGAUGGGUGGGCUACGAACAACAUCUAUAUGAAGCCACUGGGAGAGAUCAUCAGGGGGUUUGGACUGGGUGUCCAUCAAUAUGCAGAUGAUACCCAGCUCUACCUCUCUUUCAAAUCAGAACCAGUGAAGGCGGUGAAGGUCCUGUGUGAGUGCCUGGAGGCGGUUGGAGGAUGGAUGGAGGUUAAUGGAUUGAGGUUGAAUCCUGACAAGACAGAAGUACUGUUUUUGGGGGACAGGGGCGGGUGGGUGUGGAGGACUCCCUGGUUCUGAAUGGGGUAACUGUGCCCCUGAAGGACCAGAUGCGCAGCCUGGGAGUCAUUCUCACAGCUGUCCAUGGAAGCGCAGGUCAAUUCUGUAUCCAGGGCAGCUGUUUAUCAGCUCCAUCUGGUAUGCAGGCUGAGACCCUACCUGCCCAUGGACUGUCUCACCAGAGUGGUGCAUGCUCUAGUUAUCUCCCGCUUGGACUACUGCAAUGCGCUCUAUGUGGGGCUGCCUUUGAAGGUGACCCGGAAACUACAACUAAUCCAGAAUGCAGCAGCUAGACUGGUGACUGGGAGUGGCUGCCAAGACAAUAUAACACCAGUCCUGAAAGACCUACACUGGCUCCCAGUACGUUUCCAAGCACAAUUCAAAGUAUUGGUGCUGACCUUUAAAGCCCUAAACGGCCUCGGUCCAGUAUACCUGAAGGAACGUCUCCACCUCCAUCGUUCUGCCCAGACACUGAGAUCCAGCGCCGAGGGCUUUCUGGUGGUUCCCUCACUGCGAGAAACCAAGUUACAGCGAACCAGGCAGAGGGCCUUCUCGGUAGUGGCGCCCGCCCUGUGGAACGCCCUCCCAUCAGAUGUCAAAGAGAAAAACAACUACCAGACUUUUAGAAGACAUCUGAAGGCAGCCCUGUUUAGGGAAGCUUUUAAUGCUUAAUAGGUUAUUGUAUUUUGGUGUUCCGUUGGAAGCCGCCCAGAGUGGCUGGGGAAACCCAGCCAGAUGGGCGGGGUAUAAAUAAUAAAUUAUUAUUAUUAUUAUUAUUAUUAUUAUUAUUAUUAUUACAAUAAAAUUAUGAUGAUGAUGGAGAUUAUUUUAAUUGGAGAAAUGUUGGAAGGUAUGAGAAGCAGGCAUGGAUGGGAAGGAGAAAUUGCAAAAAGGAAGGGAGCUACCAGGCAGCUACAUAUUUGUGGGAGAAGGUGGUGUGGAUGCCUUUCCCACCUGACCUCUCCUCCUUCCUGCCCCCAAAGCAGCACCACACAUGACUGAAUUUUUUGCUUACCAGCUGGUAAGCUGGAGUAUUUGAUCCUGUGCUGUGCCAAGAUGCUAUUCCUAUGUUGCCAGUUUCUCUGUGAAUUGAUGGGGGAGGUGGAGAAUCCAGGGUAGGUACCCAGAACUGGACACAGUAUCCCAGGUGUGGUCUGACCAAGGCAGAAUAGAGUGAUGCUAUUACUUCCCUUGAUCUGGAUACUACUGUUGGCGCAGCCUAGAAUAGCAGUAGCUCUCUCUUUUUGCUGCUGCUCUCUUGCAUUUUGCAAACUCAGUAUGCGUUCCAUGCCUUGAGUUACUUGGAGGAUUUGGGCCUGCCCCGAGUUCAAAGCACGCAGCUUUAAUUACUGUAAAUGCCUUUCAUUCUUUUUCCCCAUCGUCAUGGGCAAGCCGUUCUGGGCAUUAGUUAAGUUUAUGGUGCAACGUAGAAGCCGAGAGGAGAUAUAAAUCUCGCUCAGAGGGAAUUGAACGGGGAGAGUCUGACUAAGGCCUUUUCCUCAUGUACUUUGGCAGACCAUUUAGCAGAAGAAAGCUGUGAUUAAUCGUGCCCGUUUUCCUCCAAACAACACAGAAAAGGUGGCAUUUUCUUUUUUCUUUUUCUUUUGCAAGUGUGGAAGAGAAACUAUGCCAGAUGAAUAUGCAAAAGCCUUCCCUCCUGAUAGCUACCAUGCAUGCGAUGUCAGAGGAAACCGUUCUCUCUGCCUUCCAUGAAUCUGCCCCACAUUGAGCAGUUCAAGCAGAAGGCAAGAAGACCAUGCAUUAGUUCGAAAGUGGAAUUUUAAGGCUUUCCAACACUGAAAUUAGUCACUCUCUAUCCUCGCUACAUAGGGACACGGGUGGCACUGUGGGUUAAACCACAGAGCCUAGGACUUGCUGAUCAGAAGGUCGGUGGUUCAAAUCCCCAUGACGGGGUGAGCUCCCGUUGCUCGGUCCCUGCUCCUGCCAACCUAGCAGUUCGAAAGCACGUCAAGUGCAAGUAGAUAAAUAGGUACCACUCCGGCGGGAAGGUAAAUGGCAUUUCCAUGCGCUGCUCUGGUUCGCCAGCAGCAGCUUAGUCAUGCUGGCCACAUGACCCGGAAGCUGUACGCCAGCUCCCUCAGCCAGUAAAGAGAGAUGAGCGCCGCAACCCCAGAGUCGUCCGCGACUGGACCUAAUGGUCAGGGGUCCCUUUACCCUCUCUACAUUACAGUGGUACCUCAGGUUACGACUCUGCUAACCCAGAAAUAGUACCUCGGGUUAAGAACUUUGCUUCAGGAUGUGAACAGAAAUCGUGCGGCGACAGCAGGAGGCCCCAUUAGCUAAAGUGGUGCUUCAGGUUAAGAACAGUUUCAGGUUAAGAACAGACCUCCAGAACGAAUUAAGUACUUAACCCGAGGUACCACUGUAUAUGCAUGGUUUUUUCUUGGGAAAGGCCCUUAAUAAUGUUGAUCCUCUUCCCCCCGCCACCCCCCGUCUCAUUCAGUGAUAUAUUUUUUUCCUGAUUGGCUGUGUCUUCUUGCCCCUGCUGGUUUAGGGCUUCUUUUUCUUUCCUACAAAAUAUCACCCCAAGCAAGCAGGGAUGCUGAAGUGAAUGUGAUGGCAUCACAAUGCUAUGUAGCCAGAUUUGGCCCCAAUGACACUGAGGCCCCAUCUGCACUCCUGCACCACUUUAAGCAGUCAUGGUGUCCCCCAAAUGAAUCCUAGAAUUGUAGAUUGGGGCAGAGGGCAGGCAGCUGUCAGGAUGCUGUCAGUAGCUCCCAGCUGGUUGCCCAGGAAAGUAUAAAGACAAGGAAAGGUGGGAGAGAGAAUUGGGGCCAUUAAUUGCGAAGCUGGGGGAGGGGCCCAGAUGCCAAAUUGGCUACGGGGAUAACAACUUGGAAAUGUGCUGGUCCUCUCAUCUCUCUUCUUGAAAAACUUGAUUUGAGUGCGAAGCUUAACUAUGUUUUUGAUUCAUUUGUUUUACUGGGUAACAUUGAGCAAGUUUUCUGUACCUAAAGUGGCAACUGCUUUGGCAACAAGCCCUGCAGAAAUGAGCAUAAGAAGUAAAUAAUUCACAAUGAGUCCCACAGAGCUAAGUCUUCUUUAAUGACAGCUAACUGAUGUGCCAUUAAGAGUCCUUCGUCAACAUUUUAUUUCCCCAAGAAUGCUGUAUCUUCCUCGUUAAAUGACUGCUGGUCUAAUAUCUAUGGCACCAGAUUUAGCUGUGAGGCAGUUUAAGUGGAACCUAUGUCUUCCAGUAAAGAAUCUGUGACUUUUCCUGUAAAGCAGGGAUAGGGAGCCUGUUGCUACCCAGAUGUUGUUGGACCACGAGUUCCGUCAUCCCUGACCGUUGACCAUGGCAGCUAGGGCUGAUGAAAGUUCACAUCCAUUAAUGUCUGGAGAUCCUUAUGAGGAAUGGUUGAAGGAGCUGGGUAUGUUUAGCCUGGAAAAGAGGAAACUGAGAAGAGACAGGAUAGUCAUCUUCAAAUAUCUAAAAGGUUGUCACAUGGAAAUUGCAGCAAGCUUGCUUUUUCCUGCUCUGGAGGGUAGGACCCAAACCGGUAGCUUCAAGUUACAAGAAAGGAGAUUCCGCCUAAACAUCAGGAAGAGCUUUCUGACAGUAAGAGCUGUUUGACAGUGGGACGGUCUCCCUUGGGAGGUUGUGGAGGUUCCUUGGGAGGUUCCUUGGAGGUUAUUAAGCGGAGGUUGGAUGGCCAUCUGUCAUGGAUGCUUUAGCUGAGAUUCCUGCAAUGCGGGGGGUUGGACUAAAUGAGCCUGGGGAACCCUUCCAACUCUGUGAUUUCAUGAUUCCUCAAGAUCUUCACCCUGAUCUAAUUCAUAUUGUCUGCACUAACCUUUCUCAACCUGGGUUCCUUCAGAUGCUUAGAACGACAAUUCAGUCAGCCAGUGGUCAGAGAGGAUGGGAGUAGGAAUCCAACAUCUGGAUGGCAUCAAGUUGGGUUGUGGUGUUUGUGUCAGUCAUGAAAACUGAGUGCUCAAAGGGAGUAUGUUGCCAUAAAUCAUUAAUAAUAAUAAUAAUAAUAAUAAUUUAUUUAUACCCCACCCAUCUGGCUGGGUUUCCCCAGCCACUCUGGGCGGCUUCCAACAAAAGAUUUAAAAUACAUUAAAACAUAGAACAAGUGAAAGCUGGACCAUAAAGAAGGCUGAUCGCUGAAGAAUUGAUGCUUUUGAAUUAUGGUGCUAGAGGAAACUCUUGAGAGUCCCAUGGACUGCAAGAAGAUCAAACGCAUCCAUUCUUAAGGAAAUUAGCCCUGAGUGCUCAUUGGAAGGACAGAUCCUGAAGCUGAGGCUCCAAUACUUUGGCCACCUCAUGAAAAGGGAAGGCUCCCUGGAAAAGACCCUGGUGUUGGGAAAGAUGGAGGGCACAAGGAGAAGGGGACAACAGAGGACGAGAUGGUUGGACAGUGUUUUCGAAGCUACAAACAUGAGUCUGACCAAACUGCGGGAGGCAGUGGAAGACAGGAGUGCCUGGCGUGCUCUGGUCCAUGGGGUCACGAAGAGUCGGACACGACUGAACGACUAAACAACAACAACAAAACAUAGAACUGUAUACUUGGAAGGGUCAACUAGACCAACCCCGUCCAAUGCAGGAAUCACAACUAUUGUUCAGAUGAAGUAACCAAAUGAUAGGAAGCCGAACAAUUGGUCCACCUAGCAGUCUUGCUUGUGCUGGGGUAGCCAACAUGGUACCCUCCAAUUCCUAUCAGCCCAAGCCAACAUGGCCAAAGAUCAGGGAUGAUGGCAGCUAGAGUUCAUCAACAUUUGGAGGGCACCAUUUUGGCUGCCCACUGGUCUACAAUAAUGCCAAGCAGCUCUUCACACUUUGAGACAGGAGCCUUUUACAGCCCUACCUGCAACUAGGUAUGGACAGAUCAACCUGUUCCUAGCCCAUGGCUAUCUCAGAUGUGUUCAUUCAUAAAUCUGUCCCAUCCUUUUCCUUCAUUAAUCUUCAGCUUGAAAAACACACACAAACAACUCAAAAAUCCCCUCAAAAACAAAAUAUGUUUGAAUGAGGAAAACAUAUUGCUGUGCUUGAAAGCAGGACCAAAUGCAACCUUGUAUCUGCUGGAACUGACCAACUUCGUAAUAAACGACAAGGCAGUUAAUCACCAGCUCAGCAAGCAUUUUGGGGGGGACAGCCUGCAAUAACAUCAAGUAAUAUAUGCUGGUGUCCUUGCUGUGUUCCUUUUCCUGCUAGGGGAGUUUAGAACUCACUUUCCUGCACAAAACAGCUCCGUUCCAUCUUUCUUAUAAAGUGGCAAAACUUGGCCCCGUUUAGCUUGUGAUGGAUUUGGUCACGUUUAGGGCAUCCUUUUUCACCUGGGUGCCCCUCCAGAUGUCUUCAACUGCAACUCCUUUCAGCUUCAGCUAGCAUGGCCAAUGGCCAGGAAUGAUGGGAGUUGUAGUCCGAAAUGUCUGGAGAGCUGCAGGUUGGGAAAGGCUGGUCUAGGGUUUGGGGAAAAUGUUAAUGUUGGCUUCCUGGAAGAAACAUACUCUACUGCUGUCCUUCAGAGAUAUUUGGAUCAGGGAUAAGGAACCCAUGGUCCUCCAGAGGCUGUUGGACUACAACUCACAUCAUCCAUAACCAUUGGCCAGGCUGGCUGGGCUGAUGGGAGCUGGAUACAAUUUUAAUCUCAAAUGACAUUCAGAAGGAAAGGGAGCAGCAACUGGACAGAAACGUCAUAGCACAGACAAUUUCUGUGGGUCUCCUCAGCUGAUUUACUUUUGGACCUUGUCCUAUAGCAAAGCAGCUUGUAAAAUUCUGCAUGCUGAGGGAUGAGAGAUAACAAGUGCCACAAAGUCUCCUUGUUGCAUUUGCAUUUGCUACAGCAGACUCAACAUGACUACCCGUCUGCAGUUUGCCACCUUGCAAUAACAGCAGACAGUAGACCAAUCCCUAUCCUCUACCCACAACUAUUUGCAUUGUUAGUCAUGCCUGACACUAAUGAGUAGGGUUCAAUACUUUGGAAAGUUCAUUUGAAAAAAGAACCUGCUCUAAGUCUUGUUCAUCCUGCCCAAAAAGGAACUAGUUCCACUUCCACUUUGUCCUUUCCCAAAAUGAACCAGAUUAGUUAAAAUUCAUUUAGAUGAACUUUUUAGUUCUUUAAAAGGUCAUGCGUCAUCUCCUGUACCCAGCAUUUGGAAUUUUACAAGCUUAUUGCUAAAGGAUAGGGUCCAAAAGUAAAUCAGGGAACCACAUUCUUCCUAUUUUUAUACAGUGGUACCUCUGGUUACGUACUUAAUUCGUUCCAGAGGUCCGUUCUUAACCUGAAACUGUUCUUAACCUGAGGUACCACUUUAGCUAAUGGGGCCUCCCACUGCUGCUGCGCCGCCGCCGCCCGAUUUCUGUUCUUAUCCUGAAGCAAAGUUAUUAACCCGAGGUACUAUUUCUGGGUUAGCAGAGUCUGUAACCUGAAGCAUAUGAAACACGAGGUAGCACUGUACUUCAAAAGCUGUUCCAGUUGGAAGAGAAUUUCUUCCAGGGAAGAUACAAGAUAUAACUCACACUCCUUCUUUCUGAUUGCCUAGCAGCAGUGAUUAAAUUACCUUACUAAGCAACUUUAGCAACAGCAGCGCUUCCAUAUCUGCCUAAUAAACCAUAGAAUAUAGCCUCCACAUUUUGUUUGCUAACUUUCUUUAUAGGUGUGCCGUUGACAUUUUCUUAAUAUAAAAAAUGAAAAUGAAAGCUAAGCGUCCUCCUGCUUUGGAAACAGGGAAUGAAGAUGAACUAGAAAUAACUCGAAGUUCUGCUCCAAAUGAACUUAAUUCACCUUUAGUUCACCCAGGAAUUAUGGGAACUACUUUCAGGUGUAGUUUGGCAAUUUUGUAACUAGUUCAGUGAACUGAUGUGGCUUGGAGAGGGGCCAUAGCACAUGCUUUGUUGGCAGAAAAUCCCAGAUUCAAUCCCUCGCGCAUUGAUGCAAAACAAUCUUAGCUGGCAGAGCUGGGGAAAAGGCCUCCCCUGGGACCUUAGAGAGCCACUAUCGUCCAGAACAGACAAUACCAGCUGAGCGUAAGACAUUUCUUUUAUUGUUAACUUACAAAAUUCAGGUCUGGGUUACCUUUGUGCAAAGUGAUGUUUUCAGGGUUUGGGGGUUUUUUUUAGGUCACAGUAUGCCUAGAAUAUGAUAGUGCAGUCGAACCAGUCUACCUUUCUCCAAAAGUAGUUGAAAGAUGGCGAGUUCAGAAGAGGGCUUUGAACUGCUUACUCAGAUGUUCCUUGAACACAAGAUCAUACAGUGCUACCAUCCCAUCCCUCGGGACCCUACUGCUUUGGCAAGGAUGUUCUUCUGACAUAUGUACAGGGUUCUAACAGCCAGGCAGCUGUUUUGAUCCUGCUUUGCUUAAAAGACGCCAGAACGUUAUUGAAAUCAAAUAGCUCUGUGACUUCUGCAUAAAUAAACCUGUCUAGACACUUGGAUGAUAUCUGGUGAAGCUAACCAUGAAGCUAACGCCCACCCCAUUUUUUGCAAGAAAAGGUGGCAGGAGAUCUAUGUGCAUUCCAUAACUGUGUUUUUAUGCAGACCCAUCUCCUUCUUUCAAGGGACGCGGGUGGCACUGUGGGUUAAACCACAGAGUCUAGAACUUGCCGAUCAGAAGGUCGGCGGUUCAAAUCUCCGCAACGGGGUGAGCUCCAGUUGCUCGGUCCCUGCUCCUGCCAACCUAGCAGUUCGAAAGCACGUCACAGUGCAAGUAGAUAAAUAGGUACCACUCCAGCGGGAAGGUAAACAGCGGUUCCGUGCGCUGCUCUGGUUCGCCAGAAGCAGCUUAGUCAUGAUGGCCACAGGACCCGGAAGCUGUACGCCAGCUCCCUCGGCCAAUAAAGUGAGAUGAGCGCCGCAACCCCAUAGUCGGCCACGACUGGACCUGAUGGUCAGGGCUCCCUUUACCUUUACCUUAAUCUCCUUCUUUGGCCUUUGGUCAUGUCCCCUUUUUAAUUUGGAUCCUGUUAUUUCCUUAAAUAUAGGGCCCUCCAUGUGCAUUUGGAUUCCCAACUCCCAUUACUCUGUACCAGCAUGGUCACAGGUCAGGGAUGGUGAGAUUAACAUCUGGACGGUUACAGGUUCCCCACACCUGGGCUAGAUGGCUCACAGGUGUGGUCCCAAAGUAUGUUUUGAAGGCACCUUGCCUUCAAAGUAAGUUUGGGUCUGGGAAGUGCCUUUUAUAGAGCUCCAUAGGCUCAACAAUUGAACGAAUGCAGGACAUGAAUAAAAGCUUACAAAAGUUGCUAGCAGAAUCAUACCAUGUAAGUUAUUGGUGAAGAUGCUUAUCUGGGUUAAAGAAACUUCUCUGUUGAUCACCUGGAACCAAUUUUUCCCCACCAUGGGUGAGUAGGCAAGUGGCUGUUUAUAAGCUUGGUUUCUUAUAAUCAAUUUUCUGUUAUUUAACUACACACACACAGAGAGAGAGAGAGAGAGAGAGAGAGAGAGUUUCUAGACAGAUGUAGAAAACAGGAGUUACUUGCGAAUAAGUGGCCUCACCUUUUAGUAAGCUUUGUUAUUCUGGAUUUCAAAAGAAAAACAUUCAACGACUGAGCAAGUACAUCUUGAAACAGCACACCGUGCAAGGAAGGGCAUUUUAGCAGGUUUCGUUACGCUGCGCUUAUGAGCAAGAAGAGCACUUAACCAACGGGAGAAUAAUUUUAACUACCAUAAAUAAAUAAAUGUUAAAGCAGUACACCAUGUAAGCCAUCCAUUAGCAGAGCACUCAGCAAGACAGACAUUGACUUUCUGCCAUGUUGUUAUCUAAAAAAUCAUUAGUGGGAUUAUUUUAUUCCCAAUUCCCUGUGUUCCUCCCUCCCCACCCCCACCAAAAAGCUAUUAAAUCCUUUCAAAAAGAUCCAUCUAGAAUGUUCCUAUAAAAUGUAUUAUAUCAGCAGUAGCUGCAAAGCCCACAAACAAAUUUAAAGAACCCAAAUGAAUGCAGAUUGAUUUAGAUUCAUGAACCCUGGUAUCCUGUUGCUGGGAAUGAACAACAAAGUACUCUACCACUUGCAUCAUGUUAGCUAGUUCAAUGCUGAAGGCUGGAUGUGCCAGGGAUAAUCUCAGGCACCUUCAAACAGGGCUUGGAAGCACCUGCACUGCCAGGGGUUGGACUAUAUGAUAAUAAUAAUAAUAAUAUUAUAAUAAUAAUAAUUUAUUAUUUAUACCCCACCCAUCUGGCUGGGUCAUAGCUGUCAACUUUCAGAUUUGAAAAUAAGGGAUCAGCAGCCUCGAAAAUAAGGGAUCAGCAGCCUCACCUGUCCAGGGGACAGUCUACGGGAUAUCUAACAAUCCGGGAUAGCAGCGGGAAGCAGCAGGAAACGGCGCUGGAAUAAGGGAAUUUCCCACCAAAAAAGGGAAGGUUGACAGCUAUGGGCUGGGUUUCCCCAGCCACUCUGGGCGGCUCCCAACAGUUUAAAAACAGAACAGAACAUCAAACAUUAAAAAACCUCCCUAAACAGGGCCGCUUUCAUAUGUCUUCUAAAAGUCAGAUAGCUGUUUAUUUCCUUGACAUCUGAUGGGAGGGCCACCACCGAGAAGGCCCCCGUGUCUCUUCCAGCUCUAUGAUUCUGUGAUUCUAUGACUCAGGUCUGAAAGCCAAUCCGAGCAGACCAGUUUUCCCCAAGCUGGUCCCAUCAAGAUGCUGUGAAGCCUGCGAACUGGGGUGCAAACAUGCAGGAAGCAUUUCAGCCCAGAGCUAGGCUCCAUCUUGCUCUGAAAAACCUCCUGGCUCUUCGGCCUGACCAGUCUGCACCUUGCAAACAAACAAACAAAACAGGGGGAGGAAGUGCAUUUAUUUUCUCAGUGAGAGAUGAGAAGCAGGGCUCAUUCCCUCAGCGUUGCCAAAAGACCAGCUGUAUCAGGAACCUCCUUCCCAUGAACUCUUUCCACACCAGCUGUGGAUUUUAAGAACUACAGUUUAAGAAUUGGUGCCUGGCUUUGUUUCCCCCACCUUCACUCCUUCCUCCUUCACUUGCAUGUGUCUUUUUGGUUUUAAGUUCGUGGGACUAUCUUGUUUUAAGUGAUUGUAAGCCAGCCACUCUGGGAGCCUUUCUGGCUGAAGAAUGGGGUACGGGUGUUUCUAAAUUCAUUUAAUUCAUUAAUUGGUCAACAGUCAAGCACAUUGGAGGUUAUCGGGAGACGGUCUGAUGCCAGACUGAAUUAAAUGUUCCGCUUGCACAGUAUGUUUAAAAGGGCUUUUAAUAGUUAUAUAAGAAGAAAAAGGGAUUUAUCUAGAGCUACUGAAGUCUGGGUUUUUUAGGGUUUUUUUUUAUUAUGGGUCUGUAAUAGCAGCCAAAUUGACAUAAUCAACAGCAAAAACAGCUGCAGCAAGCUGUGAAUACACACACUGUGUUGACAUAGGCAGGGAAAAUGUUAUUUACUUACUGCAGUCGUAUCCUGCUUUUUCUCCAAAGAGCACAAAAUGGUAUGUUUCUCUCCCCGUUUUCAUUGUAUCAGCACAACAACCUUGCAGGGUAGGCUAGGCUGUGAGACAGUGAGUUGCUCAAGGUCACUCCUUGGAAAAGCCACAGAUUGGGGGUGGGGGAUGCUCAGGCCUUGGUGGGGCCAACUGUGCCCCCCAUAGCUCUCUGUAUGGCCCUUGUGACUCCCUAAGGGCCAUGUUCCCUCCCAAGCCACACACCCCUCUCCAGCCUUCCUCAAGAGCUUUUGCCUGGCUGGAAAAUGUCUUUGAGUUCUGAUUUUGCUUCUGGCAGAGAGUGGGGUGUAACUGCGAAGGAACUAGCUGACUGCACAGAGGUAAAAUUUGCACCCAGCGCCAUCCUCACUUUGGCCUUUGGCCCUGUCAUGGAAUUCUACUCAAUAUCGAUCCAGAGCAGAAGUCAGACGUAUAGUUAGCAGGGUAAAAACUUAAACAUGUUGCAAGAUUCCCAAAAAACAGACCAGAGGCAAUUAAUAUUUCAUCCAGCAGAGCUUUACUGCCACUGAAGGCAAAUGAGCAUAAUGGUCACAAAUCCAAUACAAUCAGGAUUGGCACUGUCCAUAAGAAAUCCAGUUGCAGCAGACUUAAUUAAAACUUACAAUAACUGAUAAUAAGUCUAAACCUGAACACUAUGUACAGAACACCACACCAGAAGGAAAAGAGAGAUAGGCCUUAUUUUUAUAGUCAGCAUGACCUUGAUAGAAAGAGAUAAGAGAACCAGUUUAAGCCAGCUGUACUCAGCUUCUCUGACCAGGGGUCAGCAAACUUUUUCAGCAGGGGGCCGGUCCACUGUCCCUCAGACCUUGUGGGGGGCCAGACUAUAUUUUGGGGGGGAGGGAUGAACAAAUUCCUAUGCCCCACAAAUAACCCAGAGAUGCAUUUUAAAUAAAAGGACACAUUCUACUCAUGUAAAAACACACUGAUUCCCGGACCGUCCGUGGGCCGGAUUUAGAAAAUGAUUGGGCCGGAUCCAGUCCCCAGGCUUUAGUUUGCCUACCCAUGGAAUAACCCAAACAUCAGGAACCUUCUGCCUGCUUCUUUUACACAGAGACGCUUCCAGAACCCUCUUGAAUUAAGUAGAAUAGGAAAGAUCUCUACACAUCAGAUCAAUACUUUGCGCACUAAGAAAUGCAAACACCAAUGCCGUGUGGUCUUCAGAAACUUGCCCAGAACAUUAUGUGGUCCUCAAGCUGGAAAGGACUCCCCAGCUUUUGUUAUCCCCCCCCCCCACGCUUCAGUUUGUCUGGGUGCUUUGUGGGGGAGACACUCUGCUUUCUCAAGAAGGGAAGUGGGGAAAGGAUGGCUGCUCAAGAUCCUCAAAAAGGAUAUGGUAGAGUUGGGAAAAGUUCAGAAAAGGACAAACAAAAUUACUAAAGGAGUGGGGCGGCUCCCCUAUUGAGGAAAGGUUGCAGAAGAAAAGGAGAUUAAGGUGCAAUGUGAUACAAGGUUGUUGUUUUUUCUAUUUAUGCAUGGCAUUGAGAAAGUGGCUAGAGAAAAGUGUUUCUCCCCCUUAGGACAGGUAAUAUCUUCACACAGUGCAUCGUUAAACUAUGGAACUCACGGCCACAGGAGAGCAGUGGUGGCCAUCAACUUAGAUGGCUUUAAAAAAGGACUAGCUAAAUUCAUGUGUUAGUGGCUACUAGCCAUGAUGACUAUGUUCUGCCUCCAUGGUCAUGUAAUAAACGAAAAUCUGCCCUUAUUCCCUUAUGGGGGACACAAGAGCCCUUAUAGAGUCCUUUGUAGGUUCUCCAUCGGUCAGAGAAAAGAACAGAGGCCAACCGGAGAAUAUUGAGAAGCAAAGCAGCUCGUAAGCCUGAUCUUUAUUGAACUGUUGCAACAGGGUGCUCCCCUCACACGCAGGAAAGGAGGAGGACCCAGAACAAAGGUGUGCCUGCCCUUAUAUAGACAUUUUAAAUUACCCACCCUGGAGUCCAAGACCACCCCCAGAAACAUCGUACCUACAUCACAGAAGGGGUGUAGCUCAAGACCCCCCCCCCCCGAUACAUCUUACCUACAUCACAGAAAGGGCAGUCCACAACAGAAAUUUGAGUGCUUGUUUACCUCCUGUCUAGCAAGUUACCUGUUAAUGCUUAUUUGAUUGGAUACCCUGGGGAGCCUGGCCAGUCUUUUGUAAUGAUAAAUACUUAGUUCCUGAGCCAGGCUCACCCUAUUCAUACACAGAUAUACCCUUAGAUUUUGUGAAUGAAAAGACAAUGGGGAGGCGUUUCCAUUUUCCUUUGACCUUGCAGAGAAAACACUUGCGGUCAGUUUGGGAGCCAAACCACAGAGCCUAGGACUUGCCGAUCAGAAGGUCGGCGGUUCGAAUCCCCGCGAAGGGGUGAGCUCCCGUUCCUCGGUCGCUGCUCCUGCCAACCUAGCAGUUUGAAAGCAUGUCAAAGUGCAAGUAGAGAAAUAGGUACCGCUCCGACGGGAUGGUAAAUGGCGUUUCCGUGCGCUGCUCUGGUUUGCCCAAAGCGGCUUAGUCAUGCUGGCCACAUGACCCGGAAGCUGUAUGUCAGCUCCCUUGGCCAAUAAAGCGAGAUGAGCACCGCAACCCCAGAGUCAGUCACGACUGGACCUAAUGGUCAGGGGUUCCUUUACCUUACCUUGCUUUGUACAUUUAUGAACAUUUAUUAUAUAUAUAAGACCUUAAUUUAUUUAUUUCAAUCAGGAGGCAGUAAUUCUUCUGAAUACCAAUUGCUGGAAACCGCAGGAGGGUAGAGGGUUCUCGAACUCAGGUCCUGCUGGAGAGGGUUUUCCACAGGCAUCUAGUUGACUAAUGUAAGAACAAGAUGCUGGACUAGUUGGGCCACUGACUUGGUCCAGCAUCUCUUCUGAAGUUCUUAUUUUCUUGUGCAAGGAAAAAGGAGCCGGGAAUAGGUGUGGCUUGCAGUUGAGUGAGGAGUGUCCUUGCAUAGCCUAGUUUUUGCCCUAGGCUUCCAGAUACGUUUCGCUGUAACGCUAACCCGCCCCCCCUGAGACAGAAUGUUCUUUGAAUCCAGAUUCUUCCCUCGCAUGACCCAGGAGAGGAGAACCCUGUCGUAGCGUCCCUUUAUUCAUGAUGUUGUAGGUUUUAACACCGAACCCAAAAGCCGUGGCACGGCGGUGCUUUUUCUUGCCUCGGUUUCCCUUGAGUACAAAUGAGGACCCAUCAUUUCCCUUUUGGCAGUCGUCUAAUUAAAGGGAGGGUGGGGAUAUAACAGAUGCCUUCUCUGCAGUUUGCCACUCCGCACAACUUUGGAACAGUGGCUAUUUUUAAUGUAGCAGUUGGUGAAUUAAAUGAGGUGAAACCUAUUCCGGUUUCUGCAAGAAGCUCCCAUAAAUAUUUAUUUUCAGGGCUGUGUGCAUUCUAUGUAUCUUUAGAAUAGCUGUGGAUGUGUCAGGUCCAAUAAUUUCGUUGUCCCCGAAGGGGGGCAAUGACAAUAAAGAUAUUAUUAUUAUUAUUAUUAUUAUUAUUAUUAUUAUAUUUGCCAGCAUCUCUGCAUUAAUGCAAAUGUUUUCUUAAACCUGGGCCUCGGCCCAGUAUACCUGAAGGAGCGUCUCCACCCCCAUCGUUCAGCCCGGACACUGAGGUCCAGCACCAAGGGCCUUCUGGUGGUUCCCUCAUUGAGAGAAGUGAGGUUACAGGGAACCAGGCAGAGGGCCUUCUUAGUAGUGGCGCCCGCCCUGUGGAAUGCCCUUCCAUCAGAUGUCAAAGAAAUAAACAACUAUCUGAUGUUUAGAAGACAUCUGAAGGCAGUAUAGGGAAGUUUUUUAAUGACUGAUGUUUUAAUGUAUUUUUAAUCUCCUGUUGGGAGCCACCCAGAGUGGCUGGGGAAGCCCAGCCAGAUAUGAUACAAUAAUCUUUAUUGUCAUUGUCUCAUACAGAACAAAAUUGAAAAAAUCUACAUCAGACAUUCAAAAACCAACAAGCCUGCUAUCCCAGCUAUCCCAGCCUGGUUAGCCCCCUAAAAACUCUGAUACCCCAUAAUUAAAUGCAGUAUAUUCCCAUAGAGACUACCUUAGUGGGUAAUAAUAAUAAUAAUAAUAAUAAUGUUGAAGUCACAACUGUCCCGCUCCACUCUGCAGAGGUGUUGUAAAAGUGCCUCUGCUCCCCCUUCCAAAGUGGCUAAAAUCAAGGUGCAAAGGGGAGACCCCCCUCUUGAACCCAGGUUCUCACCUUCAACCCUUUAUUUCUUCCUCUUCUUCUGACCGAUCCUGCCAGUCCAAACCCGAUUCCAACAGCUCUGUGGGGCUCAUGAAACCAGGCAUGUUUUAACUGAACUUUCCCCACUGCUUUCCCAGGUAAAGGUGAUGUGUUUGGGGACAUCUUCUGGAAGGAGACCACUCUGGCCCACGCAUGCGCCAAUGUGCGGGCCCUGACCUACUGCGAUUUGCACAUUAUCAAGCGGGAAGCCUUGCUGAAAGUCCUGGACUUUUAUACAGCUUUUGCAAACUCCUUCUCCAGGAAUCUCACGCUCACCUGCAAUCUGAGGAAACGGGUAAGAUAUCGUCGUUUUGAUUUUGAUGGUUAGGCAUUCAUUUACAGAUCGCAUGUGUCUCAAGGAAAUUUGCAAACCUAUGGUAAGACAGCUAAGAAUACUAUUGAAAACACGAAUGCAACACACAAUCAAGAUAGGUUUAACAGCAAUGCAAAAUCAACACUUAAGGCACAUAUAUUUUCACCUGGCAGGAGAAAAUGUGUUGGGGGGGAAUGUCUUCAAUUGUUUCUGGAAAGCACAAAUCGUGGGUGUUGUCUCCUAUCUCAACGGAGAUGCUAUUCCAUAAAACAGAGGCAGCCCCAAUGAAUGUCUUUCUCUGGGUUACUCUGGAGCAGAUUUCUGAUAUUUCAAGAAUUUUUAAUAACAUGUACACUGAGAGCAUGAUGCAGAAUGGUCCUCUGAGCUGUAAUUUGGUGAAGGCACCAAGAUUAGACAGCCUGCAAUCCCAUAAUCAUGUCACAGAGGAUGAUUUUGUAUUAGACACAGCAUCCUAAAUAUCAUAGUUUCUACUACUACUACUACUUUUAAAGCAAGUUUCUAGUCCUUAGAUUGACAAAGAUAGAGCUGCAAGUGUGUGGCAAUGUCUAAAACACCCCAGAUACUACCCUGCCCAGGAUAGAAUAUCUAGAUCUUUACUAGCUUCUAUUGUUUUUAAAGCUCAUGAUGAUUAACAACUGCAGAAUGAGUUAUCCAAAAUAAAUAAGCAGUUGCCUCCUUGACAAUAGUCAAGGAGCAAAUGUGGACCAACUUGGAAGACAGUUGGGUUUUUGUUUUUUGCUUGUUUGUUUUUAAAGAUUUUAUUUGCUUUUUUAUUUAACCAUGUCAUCAAUGCAUACUGUGUUACAGUCAAGUACAAGGUAAUAGGGAGGGGGUGGGACUUUAAAGACAGUUAAGAUUCCAGGCAGAGUCCCAACACAACCAGGAAGCCUUGCAUAGGUACAUCUUUCCCAGGGAGAUCCUGGGAAUAAUACCAGUGGGUGGGGCCAGUCCAGAACCUGAGAACACAUUACUGCCCAGGCAUGUGCUCUCAACCACAGUCCUUGUAGCGCAUUGCAUGGUGGUAGCUCUGUAGAGAACUGAUGGCUUCCUAUAAGAAAGAUGCACAUGGCCGGAUGCUAAGGGGGGAGGAAGAUCAAAGGUCACAAAUGAGUUUGAAACAGCCCUUCGGUUUUUUGGCUGUUUGCCUCUAGCUUAUCUGGGGAUCAUGCAACCCAAAUCUCUCCUGGUAUGCCCCGCGAAGGACAUUAAGGUCCACAAAUAUGAACAUUUUGGAGGUCCCAAGUCACAAGGUGGUUAGAUUGGUCUCAACUAGGGCCAGGGCCUUUUCAGUACUGGCCCCGACUUGGUGGAACGCUUUGUCACAAGCGACUAGGGCCUUGCGGGACUUGACAUCUUUCUGCAGGGCCUGCAAGACAGAGCUGUUCCGCCUGGCCUUUGGUUUGGACUCAGUCUGACCCUUAUGUUUCCCUCCCCUUAUGGUUUUGAUCUAUGGGCUACUUUUAAAAUGAGGCUGCAUUUUAAAUUGCAUUUUAACAUUAAAUUGGUUUUUUGCCCCCCCCCCCAUUUACUGUAAUUUUACUGGUGUUAGCUGCCCUGAGCCCGGCUCUGACCGGGGAGGGCAAGGUAUAAAUAAUAAUAAUUAUUAUUAUUUAUUAUUAUACAGGGUGAGUCAUUUAAAAUAGGCCCUGUGGAUACAGAGUACACAUGUUCCACGGGGCCUCUUUUAAAAGACUCACCCUGUAUAAGAAAAUAUGUAUAUACCCGUGAAUAGGCUCAGAGCUGCCUUAAGAACAGAGAGUGUGUCAAAAAAAGGGUGCCUUUCUGUUUAUUUUGUAGUCAAGCCGCAGAUCUCCCUGUCAAUUAGCUUCCGUGGAAAUAAUACAAUAUCUACACAUGAAUUAGCUAUUAACGAUAUGCCUUUGGGACUGGGUUCGGAGAUGCCUUCAUUUUUAUGCAGCUGGAGGGGGGGGCGAAUGUUCUUUUUUUAUGUGGGUGUUCCUAAAACCAUAUUAAUGAAGGUCAUAUAAAUGUUAUCUGCAUGAAGAAAUCUCAUAAUUGUGAUGAAUAGAUUUAUGGAGCAUUAACUCUGGCGCUUUUAUGGCUGGAAUGAAUUUCUCUUUUCUCUGUAGCUCUACUUUUUUAUCGUGAGAUGAAGACGUUUGUAGCAGGCAAAACAAAACAAAACAAAAACCCCCUCCAAAUAUUAUAGUACGCUGUAAUGUAAUCCCCAUAUUAAUACACAGAUGGUAUCGGUGGUACCUGUGAAUUAACGUCUGCAGAGCACUAGGUGUAAUUCCAAAAAGGUGGAAGAUAUUGGCAAAACCUAUUGCUGUUUCACAACUUUCUGACUAGUUGCAGGACCUUAGCCAGACCUAGCAGAGUAAACGCAGAAUCCACGGAAGCAAUUGGCAACUUGGCUGCAGACAGGAUGGAUGAAGCAGGAACCAGGAACUUGUAGUUAGGUGUUUAUUAUAUACAGUGGACUAUUUACAGGAACAGAACAGAACAUGGAUCUUUAACUUGCUCUCUCAUACACGACUCACAACUCCUGAACUCAAGCUCGUACACUAACACAUUCCAGUUAGGUAAAGGGACCCCUGACCAUUAGGUCCAGUUGUGGACGACUCUGGGGUUGCGUGUUCAUCUCGCUCUGUAGGCCGAGGGAGCUGGCGUUUGUCUGCAGACAGCUUCCGGGUCAUGUGGCCAGCAUGACUAAGCCGCUUCUGGCGAACCAGAGCAGCACAUGGAAACGCCGUUUACCUUCCCACCGGAGUGGUACCUAUUUAUCUAUUUGCACUUUGACGUGCUUUCGAACUGCUAGGUUGGCAGGAACAUUCCAGUUAGUGGGCCAUUAAUCAUUAUUCCCAUGAGAGAGCUUGACCAAUCAGGGAGCUGUCUCCAUGCCUCUGUACAACCAGGCAGACUUACUCCUUUACAUUGCCUUGGCUGUCGGCCAAACCCUUCUUGACUCUGUGUGUGUAGCUGCACAUAUACAGAUUCCCAACAGAAGAACCAUACCAUCCAUUAAGUAUAGGGUCACUUCCUCUAGAUUACUGGACUUAAGCUUGUGGGCUGGGACUAUACCACCAGUAGUGUUGUAACGGUUAGAGUGCUGGACAGUGACUUGAGAGACCAAGGUUUGAAUCCCCACUCAGCCAACCCUACCUGACAGGGUUGUCGUGAGGCUGAAAUGGGGGCGUGGAGAAUCAUGAGCUCUUGGGAGGAAAAGUUGGGAUAUAAAUGUUAAAUUAAACAAAUGGCCUGAUCCAAAGUGGGUUGCAUCAGGAGGACUACCGCCACAGGAAAAGAUUCAUAAAGGGGUCCCCAAAUGCAUGCUUGGGAGAGAAGAGUGGAUUCUGGGUCAGAAAAAGUCAGGUGAUGACUUCUCCAGUUGUCAUUGGACUACAGCUCCCAUCAGUCCCAACCGCCACGGCCAAUGGUGAGGAGCGAUGGAAGUUGAAUAGGCCGCCUUCAUUCUAAUGUCUCAAGCAAAAGGUUGCAUAUUUGCAUUUUACCUCACCCUGCCUCCUUGAAAUACAGCCUUGCAGCCUGAAUGUGUGUGCCACAUUUAAUUCCAAUAUUUUGAUCUUCAAUAUAGUGGUCAGACUGGAAACCAACAAACCAAGAAGUUUACAAGCAGGGCUCCGGAAGAACCAAAGGCCUCAGGCCAAUAAGCAACCACUAAUAGCUUUGCAAUCAGCUUCAUUGGAUUGCCAUGAGUUCCAAUGUUAUGAGAGGGGGGACAGGACUUUUCUCUAUCUACUCUCUCCAUGCCAUGCAUGAGUCUAUGGAGCUCGAUCAUGCCUAGGUAAAGGUAAAGGUUGUUGUUGUUUAGUCGUUUAGUCGUGUCCGGCUCUUCGUGACCCCAUGGACCAGAGCACGCCAAGCACUCCUGUCUUCCACUGCCUCCCUCAGUUUGGUCAAACUCAUGUUGGUAGCUUCGAGAACACUAUCCAACCAUCUCGUCCUCUGUCGUCCCCUUCUCCUUGUGCCCUCCAUCUUUCCCAACAUCAGGGUCUUUUCCAGGGAGUCUUCUCUUCUCAUGAGGUGGCCAAAGUAUUGGAGCCUCAGCUUCAGGAUCUGUCCUUCCAGUGAGCACUCAGGGCUGAUUUCCUUCAGAAUGGAUAGGUUUGAUCUUCUUGCAGUCCAUGGGACUCUCAAGAGUCUCCUCCAGCACCAGAAUUCAAAAGCAUAAAUUCUCCGGCGAUCAGCCUUCUUUAUGGUCCAGCUCUCACUUCCAUACAUCACUACUGGGUAAAGGUACCCCUGACCAUUAGGUCCAGUCGCAGACGACUCUGGGGUUGCGUGCUCAUCUCGCUCUAUAGGCCGAGGGAGCCUACGCUUUAGCUAAAAAGUCACAAAUGCGGCAACCUUUCUUAAUGGGGCAGUCUCUUGAUCGCUUUGCCUGCCCUUUCCCAACUUUGCAGUAUCCUUUUUGAGGUGAGGCAGCCAGAACAGCACACAGUACAGUGGUACCUCUGGUUGCGAACGGGAUCCCUUCCACAGCCCCGUUCACAACCUGAAAGGAAUGCAACCCGUGUCUGCGCAGACGCGGGUUGCAAUUCGCUGCUUCUGCGCAUGCGCGUGAUGUCAUUUUGGGUGUCUACGCAUGCGUGAGUGGCGAAACCCGGAAGUAACCCUUUCUGGUACUUCCGGGUCGCAGUGGGACGUAACCUGAAAGUACAUAACCUGAACCAAACAUAAGAAGAGGUAUGACUGUAUUCUAAAUGUGGUUGCACCCUAGAUUUGCAUAACAGCAUUAGGAUAUCAGCAGUUUUAUUUUUUAUUCCUGCAUUGCAGGGGGUUGGACUAGAUGACCCUUGGGUCCCUCCCAACUCUAAGAUUCCAUGAUUUUCAGUUCCAUCCCUAACAAUCCCUUUCCUAACGAUCCCUAGCAUGGGACCUGCUCAGACAAUAUGGAGAUUAGUGUAGACCUAUGGUCUGCCUUCAUAUAACCAUCUGCUUCCUGAGCUUAGACCUGGGCCCUUAAAGAGAUGGAAAAUCAGGGGAGACGAGAGACAUCAUAUGGCUUUUACAAUUUUUUUCUAAUGGCUAAGGUUCCUCCAUUCUUCCACAAGCUCAUUUUUGCUGCGUAUGUCGCUACGCAGCACCAUUAGCUUGUUUUUGGAACUAGCACACCUCACCACCUGCAUUCUAGUAGUCGUGUCUCUGCAACAUCAAAUUAGCUCCAGCGUGAUUUCUCUUGUGAUUCUUUUGCAGCUUGCUCCACAAGGCAAGAGCACAUAAUGACAAAAUAAAUUACACACUGCAUUUUUUAUUUUUUAGUUCAAAUGAUGGCAAAGAGACUCUGCCGAACAGCAGCAAUAGAAACGCUGGCUGGUUUCUCAGCUCUGGUUUGGCUGUGCCCAUCUUGAGGGGAAAGAUUCAGUGACAUGUUCUAGACCUGCCUGACUUUGAACCCUUUCCAGGGACCCAAUUUGCUACUGUCAAUACUUUUUGUUCUCAAACAGUUAUUUGCUCUUGCAGCUGUUAGAGAUAAGGACUGGAAACGUGCAGUGCUACUACUACUACUACUACUACUACUACUACUACUAUUAUUAUUAUUAUUAUUGAAUGUUUUUAAUGUUUGAUGUUCUAUUGUGCUUUUAAUUCUGUUGAGAGCCACCCAGAGUAGCUGGGGCAACCCAGCCAGAUGGGCAGGAUAUAAAUAUUAUUAGCCACCCAUCUGACUGGGUUGUCCCAGCCACUCUGGGCAGCUCUCAAAAGAAUAUUAAAAACGCAAUAAAACAUCAGCCAUUUAAAACUUCCCUAUCAAAGGUAGCAUUAUUAUCAAUUUACGAUGGACUGGAAGGUUCACAGGCUGUGAAGGACUUGCUCACAUAUUUAUUGACAGCUGCACAAGUUAUUAUAUUUAGGAAGUAGAAGGGGCAAGCAGAAUAUAAAAUGGUAUAAAGAGGUGUGGGAUAUUGCUAUUAAUUAUAAAUUAACAUGUGCCAUUAAGGUAAAACAGGAAAUAUGAGGGAGAAAUGAUUUUGAUGAGAUAUGGAGGGUGUUUGUAGAAUUUGUACAGUUAAACCAGAAAGGGGUCAAAGCAUCGCAAGAGGUGUUGAAAUUUCUGGAGCUUGGAUAGUUACAAUGGAAUGGUAUUGGUGGUGGGGUGCACAUUUUUAUUCUUAUUCAUUUAUUACUAUUACUUUGUCAAAAUAAAAAUAAAAAAUUUAACACCCUCUCCACCCCCAUCGUUCAUCCCAGACACUGAGAUCCAGCACCGAGGGUCUUCUGGUGGUUCCCUCAUCGUGAGAAGUGAGGUUACAGGGAACCAGACAGAGGGCCUUCUCGGUAGUGGUGCCCACCCUGUGGAACACCCUCCCUUCAGAUGUCAAGGAAAUAAGCAGCUAUCCUAUCUUUAAAAGACAUCUGAAGGCAGCCCUGUUCAGGGAAGUUUUUAAUAUUUAAUGCUGUACUGUUUUUAACACUUGAUUGGGAGCCGUCCAGAGUGGCUGGGGAAACUCAGCCAGAUGGGCGGGGUAUAAAUAAAUUAUUAUUAUUAUUAUUAUUAUUAUUAUUAUUAUUAUUAUUAUUACUACGAUGCAGUGCUGACGACUACUUUCGUUUUCUGUACCAUUUGACGCUACAGACUAACACAGGGGCAGAGGAAGGGGUUGGGAAAUUUCCUUGCAUUGCUUUCCACUUCCGCCAAUAUAGAGGGGUCCCGUGAUCGACCAUGAUUGACACUGAUCUUCUGAGGAUACACCUGUCGAUCGCGGUCAACCGGUUGGACAUCCCUGUUGUACUACAAUUCCCACCAACCCCAGCUAGCCUGGACAAUGGCCAGGGCCCCUAGUGUUGCAGUCCAGCCAUUCUUGGAGGGGAGCAUGUUGACUGCCCAUGUUCCAGAGAAUGUAUUUUGCAGGCAACUGAGCUACUGCAGGCGCAGUUCUGCUCGAUUAUGGAGAAGUUAUAUUUGCCAAGAAUCAAUGUUGUUUCAUUUUUUCUCACCUCUCAGCAGCCCUUGAAGGAUUUUUUUUAAUGUUCUAAAAUGUCAUUGUUUUCAGCGCACAAUGCUUGGGGGGAUGUCUUUAUUUGAGUCUCAGUUAUUGCCAAGUCCCUUCUCUGCCAUCCAGUUUGCUCCUGGUGAUUAACCUUUGCAAAGUAUGUGUGGGUCUUCGUUAACUACUGGAAAAAAAGAAAAGCAUCAUGAUUGUGAUUGUUAAUUAUUUACAUAGAGCCGCCCAGGGGCACAGCGCUGCCAAUAAAAGAGAUCCUUUGUAAGAGCAACAAAGUGAGUUGCAUCUGCGAGUCGUAGUAUUUAAAGCUGCAGGCUUGAAGGGCUUAACUGGCAAAUUAUUUAUUUACUUGCAGUUUUCUUCCCCUGCUGUUUUAGCUGCCGUCCCCAAAGGCAGUUCACAAUAACCAAUAAUGAGGCAGUCCCUGCUGUGGGGUUUGCCUACCAAAAGCCAUGACAAGAAAGGAAAAAGGGUUGGGAGGGAGAAGAAAAAAAGCAAACUUGGGCUCUAGUUCUUCGUUACAAAGUUCUGGUAAUAAUAAUAAUGAUAAUAAUAAUAAUAAUAAUAAUAAUAAUAAUAAUUUUAUUAUUUAUACCCCGCCCAUCUGGCUGGGCUUCCCCAGCCACUCUGGGCGGCUUCCAAAAAAAUAUUAAAAUACUGUAAUACAUCAAACAUUAAAAGCUUCCCUAAACAGGGCUGCCUUCAGAUGUCUUCUAAAAGUCUGGUAGUUGUUGUUCUCUUUGACAUCUGGUGGGAGGGCGUUCCACAGGGCGGGUGCCGCUACCGAGAAGGCCCUCUGCCUGGUUCCCUGUAACUUGGCUUCUCGCAGUGAGGGAACCACCAGAAGGCCCUUGGUGCUGGACCUCGGUGUCCGGGUAGAACGAUCGGGAUGGAGACGCUCCUUCAGGUAUUCCGGACUGAGGCUGUUUAGGGCUUUAAAGGUCAGCACCAACACUUUGAAUUGUGCUCGGAAACGUACUGGGAGCCAAUGUAGAUCUUUCAAGACUGGUGUUAUAUGGUCUCGGUGGCCGCUCCCAGUCACCAGUCUAGCUGCUGCGUUCUGGAUUAGUUGUAGUUUCCGGGUCACCUUCAAAGGUAGCCCCACUUAGAGCACAUUGCAGUGGUCCAAGCGGGAGAUAACCAGCGCAUGCACCACUCUGGCGAGGCAGUCCGCAGGCAGGUAGCCUGCGUACCAGAUGGAGCUGGUAAACAGCUGCCCUGGUAACUGUGUUUUUUCUAACAGGGUUGAGUGCAGAAAGCUCUCUGCAGUUGCUUCGUGUCACGGUUCUCUCUUCCAAGUCGUAUGCUAGAGCUGUAACUCUGUGGGGAUGUGCAUAAAACUAGGAUAGGAUAUACCGUAUUUUUCCGUGUAUAAGACGACCCCUAUUUUUUCAGCCCAAAGUUAAGAAAUAAAUAAUCGCAACUUUCUGUGUAUAAGACGAUUCCCAAUUUUAAACUUAAAAUUUUUGGAGGGAAAUAUAGUCUUAUACAUGGGAAAAUACAGUUAUUUCUUAGAUAUUAUCUUUCCCUACUCACAUUUGCGAGUUCAGCAGAGUACAUCACUUUGUCGGCAAAAAUAAGGGAGCUGUUGAUGUGCUAGCUUUAGCUUUUUAAUUUAAGUAAUCCAGGAUACUUUGCUGCAGACUGGGUUUCCUGGUCUUUCUCUCCCUUAGAACAAUAAAAACGCGAAGCAGUCUUCUUAUAAGAAAAGGCAGAUUCACUCGCCCAGUGUCACAGUAGCAGUCUUGAGGCAGGCUUAAAAUGUAGUUACAGAAAAAUAUUAUAGUUUAGAUUAGGAUUGGGGUCUGAGCUGUGACUCAGACUCAACACAUGUCCUACAUCCCUAGUCAUUGAUGGAGCAUCAAAGAGAAGAGAUCAGAUAGCAGGGAUCAGAGAGAGAGAGCAGGCUGGGGAUGUGAAUCAGUUUAUAUAGGUUGUGCCUCUUUACCUGGCUGGACACAGUGGGAGUGACUCUCACAGGGAGGAUGUCUUACAGACCCCGUGAGAUCCAGUUACCUCUCUGUGUGUACCUUUCUAGCAUUCAGAAGUAGUUGGUUUUGGCUGCCUUCUUUUAGAUAUCCCACAAACUUGGUGACAGAGUGUCUGCUUUGCACGCAGAAGAACCUGAGUUCAAUCCCUCAGCAUCUUGAGGUGUGGCUGGGAAAAGCUCCUGCUUGAAACCUUGGAAAGGCACUGCCAGUUACCAAGGAUAGGACUAAGCUGGAUGGACUAAUGAUCUGGCAAAAUAUGAUGCUGGUUUGCUCAUUUCUAUAUACAGUGGUACCUUGGUUAUCAAACUUAAUCCAUUCCGCAAGUCUGUUCCAACACCGUUCCAAAACCAAAGCGUUCCAAAACCAAGGUGCACUUUCCCAUAGAAAGUAAUGCAAAAUGGAUUAAUCUGUUCCAGGCUUUUAAAAACAACCCCUAAAACAGCAAUUUAAUUUCACUGUUAAUAUACUACUUCUUCUUCAUUGUAUUUCAGUUCAACAAUUACUUUGAUAAAAUAACGUAUUGUGUUAUGUGCAAAUGGCUUUAGAUACCUCUUAGGUCCAUAAAUUACCAUACAGCAUAUAUUUGACACAAAAAACAGUGGCAAUUUGUUGUUGACAAAGGACAGCUGGACAUAUAAAGGGCCCCAUUACCUUCAGUAGUUUGGGGCCUCAUCAAACCUAAAUCUGGCCCUGGGUUGGCCACUGAGAGAACAGGGUGUUCGGCGAGAUGGGCCCUUGGUCUGUUCCAGCUCUUCUUGUGUUCUUUUGUUAUUGUUCCAGCUAACUCUGGCUCACAAGCUCUCAGGUCUCUUGAACUCUCUGACAAGCAUUUAUAUUUCCAAGGCAACUUAUAAUUCCAUCAUUUUGUAACAAUAGCAAAGUAAUUGAGGGGCUUGCAAUUAGCAUAACUAUCAAGUCUGAUUCACUCAGGUCUGAUUACAGCUAUGAGGGGGCCCUGGGCAAGGUGCCUCCCCCACCAAAAAAAAGCACUUCUAGAUAGGGAAAAUUUCAAUGUAGUUUUACUUUUGCAUAUUUUGAAAUGAUAUAGACACUGAAACGCAGCCAGCCUUGAAAAGCCACAAUUCUGCAAAUUUUGCAGUGCAGUUUUCUAACCAAGUAAUGCGUACAACAAGGCAUAUACUAGGAUAAAGUGUGCAUAUCUAUGUAUAGAUUAGUGAAGAUAAGAUACCAGGGAGCUUUGUUUUGCAAAAACAUGUACAGUGGUACCUCGGGUUACAUACACUUCAGGUUACAGACACUUCAGGUUACAGACUCCACUAACCCAGAAAUAGUACCUCAGGUUAAGAACUUUGCUUCAGGAUGAGAACAGAAAUCGCGUGGUGGUGGCAUAGCGGCAGCAGGAGGCCCCAUUAGCGAAAGUGGUGUUUCAGGUUUAGAACAGUUUCAGGUUAAGAACAGACCUCCAGAAUAAAUUAAGUUCUUAACCCGAGGUACCACUGUAUGUUAGGGGGAAACUGCACACACAAAUGUGCAUGUUAGGAGAAAUGUGUACCAAAACGCUGACAAAUUUUCAAGGGGCUUAAAAAAAUAAACCACAAGCAGAUGUGAAAUGUGAAAAACUGAAGACUUUGGAGAUGGGCAACAGAGAGAAACUGAAAUCCUGUGAAGAGAUCCAAGAUUUAGAACCUCAAAGCCAAAGUGAGAGCAUUUGGGUCAAAAUUAAGGGAGAGAAGAAUAACAGUGACCUCGUUGUGGGAGUUUACUAUAGAUCCCCAAGCCAAACGGAGGACAUGGAUGAUGCCUUCCUGGAACAGAUGGCCAAGCAUGCAAAAGGAAGGGAGAUAGUAGUAAUGGGGACUUCAAUUACCCGGAUAUUUGUUGGAUGUCAAACUCAGCCAAGAGCAUAAGGUCAAACAGAUUCCUCACUGGCCUUGCAGACAACUUCAUUGUCCAGAAAGUGGGAGAAGCAACAAGAGGAACAGCCAUUUUAGAUCUGGUCCUAACCAAUGUUGAUGACCUGGUUAGUGGGGUAGAAGUGGAAGGAUCAUUAGGCACGAGUGAUCAUGCUCUUCUGAAGUUUACUAUACAGCGGAAAGGAGCAGCCAAGCAUACUAGGACUCAAUUUCUUGACUUUAAGAAAGCCGACUUCAUAAAACUUAGGGAAGUGCUGGGUGAGAUCCCAUGGACAAUAAUACUAAAAGGAAAGGGAGUUCAUGAUGGCUGGGAGUUUGUUAAGAGGGAGAUACUAAAAGCACAACGUCGGGCAAUACCAAUGAGACGGAAACAUGGAAGGUGCCUAAAGAAGCCAGGGUGGCUAUCUAAAGAACUUUUAACUGAGUUAAGAUUAAAAAGGAUGUGUACAAAAAAUGGAAAAGGGGAAACCACCAAAGAGGAAUUCAAACAAAUAGCCAGCACGUGUAGACACAAAGUCAGAAAAGCUAAAGCACAGAAUGAACUCAGGCUUGCUAGAGAGGUUAAAAGCAACAAAAAAGGCUUUUAUGGGUAUGUUCGUAGCAAAAGGAAGAACAAAGAAACAGUGGGGUCACUCAGAGGAGAAGAUGGUGAAAUGCAAACAGGGGACACAGAAAGGGCUGAACUCCUCAAUGCCUUCUUUGCCUCAGUCUUCUCCGAUAAAGAAAACAAUGCCCGACCUGAAGAAUUUGGAGCAAAUGAUUCAGCAAAGGAAACACAGCCCAGAAUAACUAAGGAGAUAGUACAAGAAUACUUGGCUAGUUUAGAUGUAUUCAAGUCUCCAGGGCCAGAUGAACUGCAUCCAAGAGUAUUAAAAGAACUGGCAGAUGUGAUCUCAGAACCACUGGCAGUCAUCUUUGAGAAUUCCUGGAGAACAGGCGAAGUCCCGGCAGACUGGAGGAGGGCAAAUGUUGUCCCUCUUGUCAACACAGGGAAAAGAGAGGACCCAAAUAAUUACCGCCCAGUCAGUCUGACAUCAAUACCAGGGAAGAUUCUGGAGCAGAUCAUUAAGCAAACAGUCUGUGAUCACCUAGAAAGGAAUGCUGUGAUCACCAAUAGUCAGCAUGGAUUUCUGAAAAAUAAGUCAUGUCAGACUAACCUGAUCUCGUUUUUUGACAGAAUUACAAGCCUGGUAGAUGAAGGGAACGCAGUGGAUGUAGCCUACCUUGAUUUCAGCAAGGCAUUUGACAAGGUGCCCCAUGAUAUUCUUGUAAAGAAGCUGGUAAAAUGCGGUCUUGACUAUGCUACCACUCAGUGGAUUUGUAACUGGCUGACUGACCGAACCCAAAGGGUGCUCAUCAAUGGUUCCUCUUCAUCCUGGAGAAGAGUGACUAGUGGGGUGCCACAGGGUUCUGUCUUGGGCCCGGUCUUAUUCAACAUCUUUAUCAACGACUUGGAUGAUGGACUCAAGGGCAUCCUGAUCAAAUUUGCAGAUGACACCAAACUGGGAGGGGUGGCUAACACCCCAGAGGACAGGAUCACACUUCAAAAUGACCUUGACAGAUUAGAGAACUGGGCCAAAACAAACAAGAUGAAUUUUAACAGGGAGAAAUGUAAAGUAUUGCACUUGGGCAAAAAAAUGAGAGGCACAAAUACAAGAUGGGGGACACCUGGCUUGAGAGCAGUACAUGUGAAAAGGAUCUAGGAGUCUUGGUUGACCACAAACUUGACAUGAGCCAACAGUGUGACAUGGCAGCUAAAAAGCCAAUGCAAUUCUGGGCUGCAUCAAUAGGAGUAUAGCAUCUAGAUCAAGGGAAGUAAUAGUGCCACUGUAUUCUGCUCUGGUCAGACCUCACCUGGAGUACUGUGUCCAGUUCUGGGCACCACAGUUCAAGAAGGACACUGACAAACUGGAACGUGUCCAGAGGAGGGCAACCAAAAUGGUCAAAGGCCUGGAAACGAUGCCUUAUGAGGAACGGCUAAGGGAGCUGGGCAUGUUUAGCCUGGAGAAGAGGAGGUUAAGGGGAGAUAUGAUAGCCAUGUUCAAAUAUAUAAAAGGAUGUCACAUAGAGGAGGGAGAAAGGUUGUUUUCUGCUGCUCCAGAGAAGCGGACACGGAGCAAUGGAUCCAAACUACAAGAAAGAAGAUUCCACCUAAACCUUAGGAAGAACUUCCUGACAGUAAGAGCUGUUCGACAGUGGAAUUUGCUGCCAAGGAGUGUGGUGGAGUCUCCUUCUUUGGAGGUCUUUAAGCAGAGGCUUGACAACCAUAUGUCAGGAGUGCUCUGAUGGUGUUUCCUGCUUGGCAGGGGGUUGGACUCGAUGGCCCUUGUGGUCUCUUCCAACUCUAUGAUUCUAUGAUUCUAUGAUUCUAUGAUUCUAUGAAAUCGACAUAUUCAGUCAUCUCUAGUGUCUCACAGCAUCCUAGAGGAAGAAUUUAAACGACUGGUGCCAACUUAUGUGUAAAGCUUAACCCACAAAAAUCAUUGAAAGAGAGUUCUUGGUUUGCUAAAAGGUUUCCGUUUGAUUCGAUUUUAUGUUUAUGGACUCCUCGUGCCGAUGCCAUUAGGGCAAAGUGAUAAAUCAAAGAUAAACGGCCCACUAGCCUGCAGUCUUGUCUUCGGGAAGCUGGAUUCUCAGGCGUCUAUGGAAGAUGCUGGACAUCAAGGCAGGAUUGGAGGGUGUGUGAUGCCACAACCUGGCUGAAGCUACAUCAGCAGGUCUGGAACACAGGGUGCUGUUUUCUACUGAGUGAGGCCACUGGUCCAUUCACCUCCGUAUUGUCGACACUGAACGGCAUCAAAUCUCUAGGGUUUCAGAAAGGGGAGAUUCCCAGUUCUUUCUAUUCAGAGAUGCCGGGGACUAAACGCAGGGCCUUCUGCAUGCAAAGCAAAUUCCCUACCACUGAGCUAGAGCUCCCAAGGCAGGUUCCAACACGAGUUCUCGGAGAACUCCCUUCUAGUGCUGUUCAGAAAAGGGUCAGUUAUUGCAAGUGGCUUUUUAAAGAAAGCUCUCACCAGAAGUGUGUGUGUGUGUGUGUGUGUGUGUGUGUGUACACACACACACACACACACACACACACACACACACACAAACAGAGUGAGGGGGGAAGUAUUUUUAUUAUUAUUAAAGAUUUUCUUGUUUUACAGAAGUAAGUGUAAUGUCUCUCGUAUUUUUUCCAUGUAACAUUUUUACAAAUCCGUUUCAUUUGUUGAGACAUUAGGGGGAGAAAAAAAAAGGGGGUGGAGGGAGGGAAGAUGGGUGGGGGUGGGGUCGGGGGUGAUGUUCCUAUUACGCUUAAUGUAUGUAGGGUUUGGUGUCAGCGUUGCUUGUGCUGUUCACUUGCGUUCCUUUGGUGGUGAGAGAGGUUGGGGUUGGCCUAGGGUGUGGUUGUUUGUUUGUGAUUGGCUGUGGUGAUCUUUGUUUUCGUGUGUGAGUGGGGUGGGUGGGUGUUUUGGAUCAGGUUAGCCAUAUUGAUUUGUACGCUGUUGGUGGAUUUUUGUCAUUGUCUUGUUGGGCUGUGUAUGUGAUAAAGGGGAGCCAUACCAGGGUAAAGGCGUCUUCUUCUGUUUGUCCCCGUGUCAGUUUCAGUUUAUUGGUUAAUUUUUCUAGUAGGGCUGUUUCCCAUACUAUUUGGUACCAUUGGUCCAUGCUUACUCCUGACAGGUCUCUCCAGUGUCUGGUGGGGGAAAAGUAUUUGAUGCCCUUCUAAAUUUGCCCAUUAGCCAUCUGACGAAGAAAUGACCAGUCCAUAAUUUUAAUGGUAGGUUUAUUGUAGCUGUGAGAGACAGAAUAUCAACAGGAAAAACCCCAGAAACCCAGAAGACAGAAGUCAGAGAUUGAUGUACAUUAUAAUGAGUGAAAUAAGUAUUUGAUCCCUUUGCAAAAGAUGCCUUAGUACUUGUUGGCAAAACCCUUGUUGGCAAGGUCAGAUGUUUCUUGUAGGUGGCCACCAGGUUUGCACACAUCUCAGGAGGUAUCCCACUCCUCUUUGCAGAUCCUCUCAGUAAGGAUUCGAGGCUGAUGUGUAGCUACUCAAACCUUCAGCUCCCUCCACAGAUUUUCGAUGGGAUUAAGGUCUGGAGACUGGCUAGGCCACUCCAGGACCUUCAUGUGCUUCUUCUUGAGCCACUCCUUGGUUGCCUUGGCCUUUUCUUCCUCUUAAGAGCGCAAAACUGAUUUAUAGUGUUUGCUGCAGUAUAUCAGAGUGUGUCUGUGUAGCUCUGCAUGAGUACUAGGGCAGAACUUUAGUACUCCAAGGAGAAUUUGGUUUGAUUGACAGCCAAUUGCCACUUCUGCUUCUCCCAGGUGCACGAAACAGCCUAGAAUGGGGGCGAGGAAGUGUUUUUCAGUAUUUUGUGUUCGUGUAUUUUGUGUUUUUCAUCUUGCAUUUUUAUGGUGUGAACCGCUCUGGGAUUUGCAGGUGAAAGGUGGUGUACAAAUUUAAUUAAUCAAUUGAUCGAUUAAUUAAUUAAUUAGCAGUGAUCAUUUGAACACCGGAUGCUAGAUUCUUGGGUGCCAUUCUCAAACAACAGGUCCUUCAAUAUGGGAGCAUUGAUCAGAGGUAAUGUUGGUUGUACAAAUGCCAGCCCAGGAAGAACACAAGAAACAAUGACCUUCCAAAACAAUGUGCUUUUUUAUGGCCAAAAUAUAAUUGGAUCCUAAGGGAAACAUUGCAUGCAUUAAGUUUGCUGAAAAAAUUAAGUAGGGGAAGUAAAUGAAAGAGUUCUUGGUAUAACUGAGUCACAAUUGGAGUUCAGGAGCUGACUGCAUUCCAAGAAAGGCAUCUGGAAAGGCUAUGCCAAUACUUGUGGUGAAGAACUCUAUGUGCAAAGUAAGACAUUUUAAUAAAUCUGUUCUAGGCCUGCGCUGGAGCUCACUUAUUAUUUACCAGAGGCACCAGCUUGCAAGAGGGGCCAGGGUGGAUCCAAACUUGGUGGUCUGUCAGGCUUUGGGGAAGCAGAUCCCUCCCCUGGUGGCAGUAAAUAAGCGGAUCAAAUGAAAAGAGCAUUUUUACCAGAUUACUAGAUAAGUUCUUUAAUAAUCACAGCAAGAGACAAAGGAAUACAUAUCUCUCUAAAAAUGGCGUUGCUCCCAGUAAAGGUUUACCCCCUCCAUCCCCAUUAAUCUACAUCAGGCACAUCCAAGUCUCUAGAGACUGCAAUCUACCCCCAGUAUAAUAAAACUGGCAGUGAUCUACCCAUUGUCAUUGCCCAUAGUUGAGCUUUUUUUUUUAGGGGAGAGGGAGCAGAGUUGUUGAGCUAUUUUUAUGAAGGCUUGACAAGAGUUAUUGAGCUUUUUUGGGGGGGGAGGGACCACAGUUGCCCAGCUUUCUUUGGGAAGGAUUCCAUAAAUUCGCAUUGCGAGCACUCAGGAGCAACCGGGCGAUCCCUUUUUUAAAUCCCGCGAUCAACCUGGAGACCUGGCAAUACACCUGUCGAUCACAGUUGGACAUUGAUGUCCAAAGUCCAUACCGGGGGCCUAAUCCAGCCCGGCGGUUGGUCUAAUCCAGCCCCUGUGGCAGUUUAUUUCCUGGGGUAAAAUUCCCCCCCCCCAAAAAGCACUAGAUGACCCUUGGGUCCCUUCCAACUCUACAGUGCCAUGAUUCUAUAUAAUAGUCAUAAUAGCAUGGCCAAGCAUUAUAUUAGGGGAAGUUGCUUUGAAAAAAAUGUGUAUAUUAGGCAAAAGUUCGCAAUGAAAAUUCAGAUGAAUUUUUUUUGGGGGGGGAAUAAUUAAUUGCAAAUUAAUGUAGAGGACUGAACUGGAAAAAUGGAAAGGAAUUACAAUUUGACAGAUCUGCAUGCCUCAUAGCUUAGGAGCAAAUGUCAAAUUUGCAACUGUUUGGCAAAUUUUGAACUGUGCCCAGAUGCAAGCCUUUUUUUUUUUUUUAACCCCCACCUUUUUAUUUGCAUACGCCAGUAUUUGAGAAGCAAGGAUCAAUGACAAUGUGGAAAAGGCAAUUAUCUUAGGUAUAUUUCAAACAGCCUGUGGAGGACUAUCUGGCAGAAAAAUCUCUUUCUGCAAAAGCACCAGUUUGAAGGAGGGCAGGUGUUUAUGCAAGGGUUCAGCUAUAAUGGUGCAGUCAGCUCAUUACAUAACCCAAAGCAGGGUGCGCUCUCUCUCCCCCUCUCCCCAACAUCUCCUCUUGCAAUUUAAGGGCAUUGUUUUAAUAGCAAAAUGUAGCCUUUCGUACACGGAGGAUUAUGCUGAAUUUAUUGGGAGGGCAAUUUAAGCGCCAGAGGGAUAGUUUGUUUUAAAGGCCGGCUUGCAAAUCAAAGCGAAGCAACCUGAGAAAAACAGCCAGUUUAAUAGCAGCUAAGAAGCUUCGCUUUGGGUCAUCCAUUAGCCGUCCCAAGACUUCCAAUUAAUAAAACGAGAGGAAGGUUUUCGUGAGAAAUAAGGGGAAUAAAAGAGCCAGAAGCUGGAUUUUGUGAGCACUCGCAGCCUUGAGUUAUUUCGUUCACUUUGCUGGCCCACAGGGGCAGAGCUAGGAUGGGGGCAGGAGCUGAAAGACUGAACAGGGAAGCAAGAAGUUUGGGGAAUUCAAAUGUUGCCUCUGCCAUGAAUAAACUAUGCAGCUUGAAGCAAAACCAUUGCCUGUCAGCCUCUGUCACCCAACUCUGAGCUGCAAAACGGGGAUAACCAUACUGACUUGCAUUGCAGAGGUGUUGUAAAGAUCACUGAGAUAAUGAAGGCGAAAUAAAAAAAUAAAUAAAUAAAUAAAUAAAUAAUACCCCGCCCAUCUGGCUGAGUUUCCUCAGCCACUCUGGGCUGCUCCCAUUCGAGUGUUAAAAACAAUACAGCAUUAAAUAUUAAAAGCUUCCCUAAACAGGGCUGCCUUUUAAAAAUAAGAUAGAUGCUUAUUUCCUUCACAUCUGAAGGGAGGGUGUUCCUCAGGGUGGGCACCACUACUGAGAAGGCCCUCUGCCUUGUUCCCUGCAACCUCACUUCUCGCAAUGAGGGAACUGCCAGAAGGCCCUCGGCGCUGGACCUCAGUGUCUGGGCAGAACGAUGGGGGUGGAGACGCUCCUUCAGGUAUACUGGGCCAAGGCUGUUUAGGGCUUUAAAGGUCAGCACCAACACUUUGAAUUGUGCUUGGAAAUGUACUGGGAGCCAUGCUUUUUAAAACCAUGAACUGGAGGUUUUUAAGCAGAGGUAAGGAAAGUCAUAGUACCACUGCCUUGGUCAGACCAUACCUGCAAUACUGCGUCCAGUUCUGGGCAUCACAGUUUAAGAAGGAUAUUGAAAAGUCGGAAGAUGUUGCAGAGGAGGGUGACCAAGAUGAUCAAGGGUCUGGAAACCAAGCCAUAUGAGGAAUGGUUGAAGGAGCAGGGCAUGUUUAGCCUGGAAAAGAAGAGACUGAGAGGAGAUAUGAUAGCCCUCUUCAAAUAUCUCAAGGGCUGUCAUGUGGAAGAGGGAAGAAGCUUGUUUUCUCCUGCUCUGGAGGGUAGGACUCGAACCAACGACUUCAAGUUACAAGAAAGGAGAUUCCGACUGAAUAUUCGGAAAAACUUUGUGACAGAGCUGUUUAGCAAAAAGAGCUGUUUAGCAGUGGAACAGACUCCCAUGAGAGGUGGUGGACUCUCCUUGCUUGGAGGUUUUUAAACAGAGGUUGAAGGGCCAUCUGUCAUGGAUGCUUUAGCUGAGAUUCCUGCAUUGCAGGGGGUUGGACUAGAUGACCCUCGGGAUCCCUUCCAACUCUACAAUUCUACGGUUCUCUGUAUAUCUGACGAAUGACUCAGCUGUUCUCCUUUGCCUGUGCAACAGCAGGCAGUUGACACCUCAGCGGAGCUUUGCCAACCUCCUUCAGCCGUUCCUCAACAGACACUUCUUAUUUUUAGUCCCUUGUGAUCUUGCAGUGCCACUGGCUGUGUAUAAAAUUUAAAUCCUUCGCUCAGCAUUUCCAGCAUUGCCCAGUGAAUUUCUCAACAUUUCCCUAAUUUUCACAAGUCUGUAAUACCACUGAAACUGAAUCUUGUGCAAAAAUGAUAAAUAAACAAGAAUUAAAAACAAGAACAACUAAGAAUCUUACAGCGCAAGCCGUCAUGCCACCAUUAGACUUGUUUCCUGCACUAAUUCUACUGUGGAAUGUGAGCUUCUAGAAGCCAAUCCUAUUCCGUGUGAAGGUUACUGUAUUACUGUAUUUUAAUAUUUUGUUGGAAGCCGCCCGGAGUGGCUGGGGAAGCCCAGCCAGAUGGGCGGGGUAUAAAUAAUAAAUAAUAAUAAUAAUAAUAAUUAUCAUUGGCUGUGGGAAGCCCUGCUGUUGAUUGGCUGCCGCUGCAGCAUUAGGGCGGGUGAUUGGCGGCUGCUGGUGGUGAGCGGGCAGACAAUUGGUGGCUGUGUGCGAUUUGCAGCUCAACAACUCUGGGCAAUCAUCCCCCCCCCCCCAAAAAAGCUUAACAACUCUACGCAAUCUCCCCCCAUUUUCUUAAUUUGGAGUCCGUCUUAUACAUGGGGGGGUGUUAUACACGGAAAAAAUACAGUAUAUUUUUAAGUACAACGUUGCAGUCUGAGGCUGCUGUGCUGGGCCCAUUUACCUGGGAGCAAGCACCCACUGGAUUUAAUGGGGCUUGCUUCCUCAUAGACAGGAUUGCCCUGUACAUUAGGCAAAAUAGCCUUGAGUAACCCACAGCUUCCCUUCUGCCUCUCUGCCCCUCCGGACAACUUUGACUGGAAGCUUUGAAAUCCCCUUAUCAUUACUUAAUCCAGUUCCUGGCAGUUUUCUGCCUGCAUUUUGUAAAUAAUUUUAUGUAACAUAUGAUCCUCUAUAGUUGCUACAUUUGGGCAACCGAAAUGCCCCGGCCCCUUUGAACAAUUCUGCUUGCUCACUUUUGAUGGGUGUGGAAUAUUUAUAGUCUGUGUUAUGUAAUGAGGAUUACUUACUUUUGUUCAACCAAGUCUGUGUCCCAUUUGCAAAACGGAAAAGGGGAAGGGUGGGGGAGAGAGAGAGAGAGAGAGACUCAUCUCAAUAUGCUGUUUCAUUUAAUGCAUUUGAUGUUUUCAAACCUAAUUGGAGCUUGGGGGGUUCUCAACUUGCAGUUUUUCAGCAGACACGUCUCCCCCAAAUCAGAUUUAAUUAUUUGAGGUAAGCGGGAGGGGGGGGAGGUGAAAUUCAAUACAGGAAAAUAAAAGAGGUGUUGUUGUUCAAAUAACCUGCAGGCAGCACUUCCAACAUCUCGUUCUCCAUUGGACCACAUCAGUGAGGCCAAGGGGGGGGGGGUCCUUGUCGCCUGGGCAGCCCAAGACCUCCAUACACACUGUCCAGGCUUGCAUCUGGGAGAGGUCGCUUCAGUGCAGCUAACACAGUGGUUUGACUUCACCCCCAGAGGCAUACUCCAUUUCCUCCAAAAGGAUGCCAGAUGCUCUUUGAGGAGGCAAGACCUCCAUACCUCCAAGAGCCAGUGUGGUGUAGUGGUUAAGAGUGGUAGACUCGUAAUCUGGUGAACCGGGUUCACUUCCCCGCUCCUCCACAUGCAGCUGCUGGGUGACCUUGGGCCAGUCACACUUCUCUGAAGUCUCUCAGCCCCACUCACCUCACAGAGUGUUUGUUGAGGGGGGGGAAGGGAAAGGAGAAUGUUAGCCGCUUUGAGACUCCUUCGGGUAGUGAUAAAGCGGGAUAUCAAAUCCAAAUACAUACACAUUGCCCUGGGGAGGUUGCUGCUGACGCAGCCAAAAACCAAUGCAGGAAGCAUCUGUUAUGAGUUACCGGUCUCUGCAGCCACAGCAGGUGCUGUGAUUCUACAGUGGUUUGAAUUCACCCUGGGAGGUGCGCUCCAUUGUCUCUCGAGACAGCUGAGUGCUAGCUAGGCCACUUUAGGGAGGUGAGAAUCCUUGCCUGAAAGGUAGCCCAUCCCCUCUUGCACCUGGUCCCACCCACCAAUGGAAUGUGGCCCCCGGAAGGUUCCCCGCAUGGGAAUGUGGUCCUUCAUGAGAUCUUAAGAAUGGGGCGAGAUGGUAGAUGAAGAAGCGCUCUGGAUGUAGGACCCCAGCUGGCUAUCUGGGAGUACAGUGGUACCUCGGGUUACAGACGCUUCAGGUUACAGAUGCUUCAGGUUACAGACUCUGCUAACCCAGAAAUAGUACCUCGGGUUAAGAACUUUGCUUCAGGAUGAGAACAGAAAUUGCGCGGUGGUGGCGUGGCGACAGCGUUGAGGCCCCAUUAGCUAAAGUGGUACCUCAGGUUUAGAACAGUUUCAGGUUAAGAACGGACCUCCAGAACAAAUUAAGUUCUUAACCCGAGGUACCACUGUAUUCCGCCUUGAUGCCAGAACUGCUUCGCUUGACAAAACUGACUUCUGUGCGCAAGUUGCUCGUUUGGCUGGUGCAGGUUCUGUGUGAAAUGAGACUAGUGUUGGGGUUAGGUUAAUGUCCAGGACUGAAUUACCUUUCAUUACUUUAGAGGAACCCUGCGAGAAAGAUUGAGGUUAGGAUAACGGCUGCAGAGCAUCUCACAUUACUGCUAUCUUCACCACCCCUGUGUUGUAGAUAAAGAAACCUCCUCAGUUUUCCAGGGCUGACAACCGGUUAACUUUUACUUAACCUUCGCUGGCCGCACCGGCAACCUCCCUCUUCCUUCCUCACCCCAAGCCGCUUUCUAACCAUCCCCCAAAUAACCCUUAAACGUAAGCCACUUGGGAGGACAGGACCUCAGCGGCAACCCUUCUUCUUAACACACAAACCUGUGACAAAGGACCCGCCUUCUUAGACCCCCGCCCAUGGGAAACAAAUCCUGACAGCAAAUUCCCAUCACAUUAAUGACUGUUGAUCUUGCCAUACAGCGUAGUUUUUCUCCAUUUCCCUUGAGAAGGUGUCUAUGCAGCAAUUAAUUUAGUUCUCCCCCGCCCUCGUCCUUUGGGGCUUAACUUUUAACUCUGGGCUCCUCGUUUUGAAAUGUUUCUCUCUGUGUGGGAGCCUGUAAUCUCAAGGAAGCCAAAGGAACAACAAACGGGAGCUUGUUCUAUUAUUAGGAUUCUUUUCUUUUUCUUGUAAGAGAAACUUCGUCUAAUUUCCCAUGGAGCAGAUUCUCUUGUGGGCUUGGGGACUGUUGCCCUUUCAUUUGGUUGGAUGUCCAUCUUAGACAAAGUGAAAGUCCAUCGCAAUUUCAAACGUUUGCAAAAUAUCAACUUGUGGAGAGAAGCUUGUUUCCUUUCCGUUCCUCUCUUUUAACAUUCAUUUUACACCAGUAAUAUAGGUUGCUUUUUUGGCCGAGGGAGCCGGCGUACAGCUUCCGGGUCAUGUGGCCAGCAUGACUAAGCCGCUUCUGGUGAACCAGAGCAGCGCACAGGGUGGCGCUGUGGGUUAAACCACAGAGCCUAGGACUUGCCGAUCAGAAGGUUGGCGGUUCGAAUCCCCGCAACGGGGUGAGCUCCCGUUGCUCGGUCCCUGCUCCUGCCAACUUAGCAGUUCAAAAGCACAUCAAAGUGCAAGUAGAUAAAUAGGUACCACUCCGGCGGGAAGGUAAACGGCAUUUCUGUGCACUGCUCUGGUUCGCCAGAAGCGGCUUCGUCAUGCUGGCCACAUGAUCCAGAAGCUGUACGCCGGCUCCCUCGGCCAGUAAAGCGAGAUGAGCGCCGCAACCCCAGAGUUGGCCACGACUGCAACUAAUGAUCAGGGGUCCCUUUACCUUUACCUUAAUAUAGGUUGCAUCAGUUUGACCAUAAACAUAAACCACUUUUUUUCCAUUUAAUAAAAAAUAAAAAAACCAUCUGUUUUCCGUAGCUGAGAAUCAAAAGUGGGGAAACUCCUCGUGUCCUGCUUUCCAUUUGGUCAGACCGUGUGAAAAGAGGUUUCUGGGCUCUUCUUAUAUUCAACAGAUUGCAUAAAGUGGGUCUGAAAAACUACUCAUAUUAGAAGAACAUAAUUGCAUUUUUUUCCCUGCAAGCAAAAGGAAGAACUAAAUAAUUUGUUUUCCACCCCCCGCCCCUCAAAUUAGAUCCAUGGUAAAAAAAGGGAAAAGGUAAAGUUAAAAGACAGAGCGUUGCACCCGAUCGGGGCCACGGCCGAAAAAGCCCUGGCUCUGGUUGAGGCCAGCCUAACCUCCCUGUGGCCUGGGAUCUCCAAGAUGUUUUUAUUUGAAGACCAUAAGGUCCUCCGUGGGACAUACCAGGAGAGGCGGUCCCGUAGGUACGAGGGUCCUAGGCCGUAUAGGGCUUUAAAGGUUAAAACCAGCACCUUAAACCUGAUCCUGUACUCCACUGGGAGCCAGUGCAGCUGGUAUAGCACCCUGUGAAUGUGAUCCCAUGGCUCCCCGUAAGGAGCCUCGCCGCAGCAUUCUGCACCCACUGGAGUUUCUGGAUCAGUCUCAAGGGCAGCCCCAUGUAGAGUGAGUUACAAGUGGUGGACUUCCUAUUCAGGAAAAACAGGCAUAUCAAGGACUUAUAAUACUGGAAAUGACCUUAAAACCAGUGCCAGUUCAUGGGGAAUAUUAAGAUGGGAAAUUAUUUUAGUGGGAAUUGUUUUCCAGAGAUAAGUCUGGGAAUAAGAUGCAAUAGGAAUCUGCCUUCUUGUUCUCUGAUCCUUCCUCUGAAUAGUGCGUUCCCCAUGAAAUGUUUCCACGGGGCGGCACUCCUGUGACGGCUUUCAAGAGCCUCACCAUGGAACUCACACACACUUCCUGUUUGCACAUAAAUCCUAUCUUCUGCGUAUGCUAUCUUUAACUGAGAUAUUUAUGUAUGUGUGCAUAUGGUAGAUACUGUUGGAAUCUGCACGCCCUACGCCAAGAUCUAAUUUAAGUCUGCUGCAGCAACAAUCUGCGCAUUGGAAUUAGACUUGUCACUGGAAUUUUGCAGUGUACAACCAAAUGUCUGCCGAACAGAUAGAUCGCAGGUGCAACAUUUAUUUAUUUCAUUUCAUUAAUGAAGCGCUUCCCACAAAGCAUCCCAAAGCAAUUAACAAUAAAAUCAUGAAAACGGCAAUGAUAAAGACAUCCAUAAACACAAUGCCAAGUCUAAUACAGGCAUAAAAAUUUCCUCUUGCUCAGUAAGUUCCAAAUAAAAAAAUAUUUUAAAAAAUAGAGAAGACGCCUGUCCCAUUUGUAAUGGGAGUUCCAAAGGAAAGGUUCUAAAGACCCAAUUCCUGCAUCGUAUGGAAUGGAAGUCCUGAUGAGAUGGUGUCUGCAAGAGGUUCUCAUCUUCAGAGCUUAGUGAUCAACUGUUUAUAUAAGGGGUGAGUAUAUAAGGUCUCAGGGACGCGGGUGGCGCUGUGGGUUAAACCACAGAGCCUAGGACUUGCCAAUCAGAAGGUUGGUGGUUUGAAUCCCUGCGACGGGGUGAGCUCCCAUUGCUCGGUCCCUGCUCCUGCCAACCUAGCAGUUCGAAAGCACAUCAAAGUGCAAGUAGAUAAAUAGGUACCGCUCCGGCGGGAAGGUAAAUGGCGUUUCAGUGUGCUGCUCUGGUUCACCACAAGCAGCUUAGUCAUGCUGGCCACAUGACCCGGAAGCUGUACGCCGGCUCUCUCGGCCAAUAAAGUGAGAUGAGCGCCGCAACCCCAGAGUCGUGCGCGACUGGGCCUAAUGGUCAGGGGUCCCUUUACCUUUACCUAUAUAAGGUCUCACGAGGGACAAUAGCUCAGUAGUCAAGCACAUGUGUAGCCUACAGAGAAGUCAAGGAAAUAUAGUGGAGCAUAUGCCUCUUCUGAUCUCAUAAGAAUAUAAGAGCCUGCUGGAUCAGGCCAAUGACCCGUCUAUUCCAGCAUCCUGUUCUCACAGUGGCCAACCAGACUCUUAAUCAUCUUUGUUGCCCUCCUCUGCACAUGUUCCUGGCAGAGGUGAGGUUGAAAUGAAGUAUUUCCUGUUUCAUAGCUCCAUCCCUUAUUCAUAAGCACAUGGAAAUCAGCCUAUUCAAUGUAAUGUUCAUCACCAUUUUGCAGAAAGUAGGAGGGGUGAGCAAAAGAAGAGGCUGCUGUAUCAGGCCAGUGGCCCAUCUACUGCAUCUCCCCGUUCUGACCAGACACCCACAAGCAGGAUCUGGGCACAAGAGCAAGUCUCCGCUCCUGCUGUUUCCAGCAACUGGUUUUCAUAAGCCUCCAGCCUCCAGCAGUUAAAGUAGAACAUCGCCAUUGUCCCGCAUGGAUUCAUCUAGUCCUCUUUUUAAACCAUCCAAGUUGGUGGCCAUCACUGCGUCUUGUGUGCUGAGAGCCAGUGUGGUGUAGUGGUUAAGAGCAGUAGUCUCGUAAUCUGGUGAACCGGGUUCGAUUCCCCGCUCCUCCACAUGCAGCUGCUGGGUGACCUUGGGCUAGUCACACUUCUCUGAAGUCUCUCAGCCCCACUCACCUCACAGUGUGUUUGUUGUGGGGGAGGAAGGGAAAGGAGAAUGUUAGCCACUUUGAGACUCCUUAGGGUAGUGAUAAAGCGGGAUAUCAAAUCCAAACUCUUCAUCUUUUUCUUCUUGUGGGAAUGAGUUCCACAGUUUAACUAUGCGCUGUAUGAAGAAGUCCUAUCUUUUGCCUGUCCUGAAUCUUCCGACGCUCAGUUUCACUAGAUGUCCCUGAGUUCUGUGUUGUUGUGAGAGAGGGAGAAAAAAUAGUUUCUCUACUCACUGUCCCCAUUCCGUCCAGAAUUUUAUGCAUUUCUUCCUCCUCCUCCUCCUCCUCCUCCUUUGGCGAUCCCUCGUAGCCAAGUAAAAUUGUCUUCCAUGAGCACGGUCUUAACGAGUCUGUAAGUGACUGUGGAGGCCAAUUCUGGAUCCACACGUCCUUCCACAGUGGGGACAUUGGUUUCUGGGCAGGAGUUGAUCAUGGUGAAGGUUUGCUAAGCGUGCCGUCCUCUUAGCACAUUUUCCCCUUGCAUCCUGAGUUCAAGUGUCUUCAAAGCCCAUGACACCUUUGGCAAAGGUGUCCAACUGGAGGGCUCGCAGGCCAGCGUUUCCCAGUUGUCUGUGUUUUUAUUCUACCUUUUUUAAGAUUUCCCUUGAGAGAGUCUUUAAACCUCUUUUGUUGACCACCAGCAUUACACUUUCCAUUUUUAAGUUUGGAAUAGAGUAGUUGCUUUGGAAGACGAUAAUCAGGCAUCCGUACAACAUGACCAGUCCAACGAAGCUGAUGUUGAAGAAUCAUCGCUUCGACACUGGUGAUAUUUGCUUCUUCCAGCAUACUGGCAUUACUUUGCCUGUCUUCACAAGUGAUGUGUACAAAUUUUUCAGAGACAAAGUUGAUGGAAUCUUUUGAGGAGGAUAUUGGCAGUCUGCAUUCAGUUCCUUUCUUAAAGAUUCCUAGCAUGGAAUUCUCCUUUUUCACAGCUGCUGCACACUCGGCACCAAACAUUCCUUGCCAUUAUUGUUCUCCAAGAACUGUUGCCUCUUUUUAGCAUAUGUUCCUUUACAUACCCUUUUUGCCUUAAAAACACGCUUUAAUAUUUUAAACAUGAUUUUAUUCUUUUUUCUGGUUGUGUAGGAAUCGCUGAGUAUAUUAAUAAUAUUAUUUUUUUUGCAAAGGGCCCCAAACCCCAGCUGGCAGCAGGAGCGGCGUGACACGUAUAAUUAAAAAUAUUAUUUGCCAUCCCCUGCAGCUUUCAUUGUAGACUAUGACAGCCAAAUGAAAGCAAGAACAGCUCUUAAUUGAAGAUCCAUGCGCACUCUAUUUGGGUCAUAGCAGGGAGAUAAAAGCACCAGCCUGUUCCCCCCUGCCAUAGACGCACACCCACCCACACCCUGCACACUUUUUGCUGUUUCAACUCAUUACUAACAAACAUGUUGUGGUUCUAAAUUAUGCUAAGUAGCUGCGUUAACUCCAGGCCAUCACCCAUGUCCUUACUGUAGUUGGAAGGCGGCUUGUGCGUGGUGCAUUUUAAUGAAGCCAAGGGGAGCUUUGAUCACGGAGUUGAUUUCCUAGAUUAACUUUCAGUGUGUCAAAUUCCCCCAGGACCCCCGCCCAGUCGCCAUCGAAAUCAGCCUUGCCUGCGACGAACUACGGUUUUGUGGAACGGGCAGAAACUUCUGGUUGCUGGCUCCAAAAGAGGCGAGGAACUGGGUGAUGACUCUUUUGCCCUGAACCCCUGAAUAGUUAGAAUGGGGUUGUAGAACACCAUCUGAACUAAAACAUAGCCAUCCUUUGAAAUUUGCAUCUCUUCCAAAUUUUGUCAUGCAGUUUUCCAGCCAAGUCAUGUGUUCGAGAUGCAUACACUAAGGUAGAAUACAUAUGUUAGUGAAAAUAGCAUGCAGCAAUCAUGCAUUAUAUUAUUUUAUUGGGUGUGUGUAUUGUGGGGAACUUUGCAAAAAUGCAUAUUUUAGGAGAAAAUUGCGUUCAGAAACAUGUGCAUGGGGAGAAAUUUGCACUAAAAUGCUGAUGAGUUUUCCUGAAGACUCAAAAAAGAAAAUGUAAACUGAUGUGGAGAAGUGGACUUAAGGUUGGGAAAACGAGAAAUCAAAAUCAACAGAUUCACCUAUACCUAGGAAUUGCUUCCACAUAAAUGCACAUUGAACCAGGUGUGGGGAUUCUGUUUCUUCCUUGCAUAAUCUGCAGCCGCAUCAGCUUGCCACUGUUGGAAGCGCUACAAACAGGUUGAUUGUGUGUCAUGCUCAAGGAUUAUCAUAAUACACAUCAACAGAUGUCAAUGCACUUCCUUCUUAACUUGAUACUCUUCAACAAGAACAGGGCUGCUGCUGUACGUUCAUCUCCUCUCAGCCUCCAUCACUUCAUUUCAUUCUGCUGGGAAAUGGAUCACAAUGCCUUCGCAGUGGGUUUGUGGGGGCUCCCAGAACCAAGUGAAAUAUCCCUUAUCUCAACUGCAGGGAAUCUGUAGCCCUCACUGUGUUGCUGGACUCCUAUUAUCCCUAAGCAUUGGCCAUGCCAUCUGGGCCCCAUGGGAAAUGGAAACCUCAAGACUUGGUUGUUACAAUAUGCUCUAUGUGGGGCACCCCUUUGGCCUGGACUUGGGAGCUCCAGCUGUUGCAAAAUGCUGCAGCUAUACUGUUUAAGGGAACAGAUUAUCACCAGCACAGAACUCCAGUGUUUUAAACCCUGCACUGGCUGCCCAUAGGCUCCUGGGUCAGGUGGGAUGCAGGUGGUGCUGUGGGUUAAACCACAGAGCCUAGGGCUUGCCGAUCAGAAGGUCAGCGGUUUGAAUCUCCACGAUGGAGUGAGCUCCCGUUGGCCUGUCCCAGCUCCUGACAACCUAGCAGUUCAAAAGCACACCAGUGUGAGUAUAUAAAUAGGUACCACUGUGGCGGGCAGGUAAACAGUUUUCCGUGUGCUCUGGCUUCCGUCACGAUGUUCCGUUGUGCCAUAAGUGGUUUAGUCAUGACUCAGAAGCUGUCUGCGGACAAACGCCGGCUCCCUUGGCCUGAAAGCAAGAUGGGCAUCGCAAUCCCAUAGUCGCCUUUGACUGGACUUAACCGUCCAGGGGUCCUUUACCUUUUACCUUACCUGGGUCAGGUUCAAUGUUAUUGUAUUAAUUUACAAGGUCAUUUAUAAUUUGGAUCCAGGAUACCUCAAGGACCACCUGAUCACUUAUAUCCUUGCCUGAUCAUGAAGGCCCUUGAGGGGAAUCACUCUCUUUGUUCUCAAAUGGCUCAGAUGCACAGUUCAUACCCCCUCUUAGCUGUUUAUUCAAUAUUGUGGGCACAAUUUUAUGGUACUCCCUUCCAGUUGGGGUCAGACAGGGUCACUCACUACUGGACACCUGGAACCUAAUGAAGGCUUUAUAGUUAUUAUUAUUCAAGGAAGCAUUUUAAUUUGAAUUCGAUUUAAUGGUUUUCAUUAAUUUAUAUUUAUAUUUAUUUCAUCUUACAAACCAUUUAAAGACCAUUACAGUUAAGCAGAACAUAAUUCCUUCAAAUAAAGAAAGGUAAAUAAGGAUCUAGAGAGCCACAGAUAUCCUGCCUUGCUUCAUCCUUGUAAGGAAAUAUUGUAGCACAACAUAUGGAUGGUUGGAGACAGGAGCAAACAAUGGAUAAAAUGAAUUUGGAUAUCUGUCGCCACCCAAUUUGGAUAUUGUAUUCACUUGCAGAGAAAAUACCAAAAAGAAACAAGGAGGAAUUUCCCCCACUAAACCAACUUUUGCCAACCUAGUGCCUUUUUGGACUAUAACUCCCAUCAUCCCUGACCGUUGGGCCUUGCUGGCUGGGGCUAAUGGGAAUUGGAAUCCAACAACAUCUGGAGGGACAUCAGGUUGAGAAAGUUGCACUAAGCCCAUGAUAUUUGGUCCCACUCAGAAAAUAUUUGCUCACCAAAGAAAGCUGUUUUGUUGGUUUGUUUCUUACUACAUGUUGGAUUUUUGUCCCUUGCAGAUUAUUUUCCGGAAAAUCAGUGAUGUCAAAAAAGAAGAGGAGGAGCGCCUGCGUCAGAAGAACGAAGUGACCUUGAGCAUCCCCGUGGACCACCCAGUGAGAAAGCUCUUCCAGAAAUUCAAGCAGCAGAAGGAGAUGCGGAACCAAGGCACAACCAUCAUUGACCCAGAGAGGAAUAGCCUCCAAGUGGAGACCCGGACCAUGCAGAAUGGGUCCUCCAUCACUGGCACAAGCGUGGUCACUGUGUCUCAGAUCACACCCAUCCAGACGUCUCUGUCUUACGUGAAGACCAAUGAGGUCAUCAAACAGAACAACAGGGAUGCCAUGGAGCUGAAGCCCAAUGGCAACAGUGAGCAGAAAUCCCUCAAGGUGACCAGUCCCGUGAGGAUGAAAAACGGUAAUGGGAAGGGGUGGCUUAGGCUAAAGAACACCAUGGCGGGGCAGGAGGAGAAGAAGGAAGACUGGAACAAUGUCACCAAAGCAGAGUCCAUGGGGUUGUUGUCUGACGACCCCAAGAGCGGUGACUCGGAUAAUGGCGUAACUAAAAACCCACUGCGGAAAACGGACUCUUGUGACAGUGGGAUCACAAAAAGUGACCUUCGUUUGGACAAAGCUGGCGAGAACCGGAGCCCCCUGGAGCACAGCCCCAGCCAAGCGGAUGCAAAACACCCCUUUUACCCCAUCCCCGAACAGGCCUUACAAACUACCCUCCAGGAGGUCAAACAUGAACUCAAGGAAGAUAUUCAGCUGCUAAGCAGCAGGAUGGCUGUCCUGGAGAAGCAGGUGGCCGAGAUCUUAAAGAUACUGUCUGAAAAGAGCACCCCACCGACACCUUCUCCCAAAUCCCAUUUGCCCCCUAAGCUGCCGUCCCAAAUACCUUGUCAGGAUAUUUUUAGCGUUUCGAGGCCCGACUCACCUGAAUCAGAAAAAGAUGAGAUCCACUUUUAA